GUCCGCACGUGGUGCACAGGGCGCAGUGUGAGAGCGCUCCCCCAGCCCGCACCAUGCUCAUCUCUAAGGACUUACCAUGGAGGCGGCUGGACAACAUCUCAUUCGGGAUAUACUCAUCGGACGACAUCAGGUAACCGGGGCUACAGGGUCUGGGCAUAGGGCGACUAACCUGCAGUGUGGGCACGGGGGGCGACUAACCUGCAGUGUGGGCACGGGGGGCGACUAACCUGCAGUGUGGGCAUGGGGGCGACGGGCGACUAACCUGCAGUGUGGGCACGGGGGGCGACUAACCUGCAGUGUGGGCACCGCAGUGUGGGCAUGGGGGCGACUAACCUGCAGUGUGGGCAUGGGGGGCGACCAACCUGCAGUGUGGGCAUGGGGGCGACUAACCUGCAGUGUGUGGGCAUGGGGGGCGACAACCUGCAGUGUGGGCAUGGGGGCGACUAACCCUGCUGUGUGUGGGCAUGGGGGCGACUAACCCAGUGGGCACGGGGGCGACUAACCUGCUGUGUGGGGGCGACUAACCGCUGUGUGGGCAUGGGGGGCGACCCCUGCAGUGUGGGCAUGGGGGCACCUGCAGUGUGCAUGGGGGCGACAACCUGCAGUGUGGCAUGGGGGCGACUAACCUGCAGGUAUGGCAUGGGGGCGACUAACCUGCAGUGUGGGCAUGGGGGCGACUAACCUGCAGUGUGGGCAUGGGGGGGCGACUAACCUGCAGUGUGGGCAUGGGGGCGACUAACCUGCUGUGUGGGCAUGGGGGGCGACUAACCUGCAGUGUGGGCACGGGGGGCGACUAACCUGCUGUGGGCACGGGGGGCGACUAACCUGCUUUGUGGGCAUGGGGGGGGGGGCGACUAACCUGCAGUGUGGGCAUGGGGGGCGACUGACCUGCUGCGUGCGGACUCAAAGGGUCUAGCCAUGGGCCAUUUAGCAUGGUCACUGUACACAGCAUGCAACUGUCCUAAAACUCCCCGACUGGUUGAUAGACCACACGAAGUUACUGUUCAGCCAACGUUUGGACUUACUGCUACACCUCGAUACUCACUACUCCCUUUCAUUCUGCAAAGCUGACAGGCAACUGUUGGACAGCAUUCACUUAUAUACUAAAUAAACCCCAGGCUGUGGGUGAUGGGAGUUGUAUUGUGCCUACUCCAUAUUCUAGCACUUUUGUUUUAUUUUGUUUGUGAAUUAUUAUUAUUUUUUUUUUUUUUAGUCUAUGGGAGCACAAUAUAUUUAACAACAAUCACAAUGUUUUGGUUAGAUUGUAAACUGAUUUUUUUUUUUUUUUCUCCUUUACCUACGUAUGGUAAAGUAGAAAUGCAGUAUUAGUACUGGCUGCUUCACUUAACAGAUAAUUCGGUGAAUGCUCAGUCACUAUCAAUAUUAUCAAUGAGUUGUUCGACUUGAUUUUCUGUUUAGGGUUUUGUGUAACACUGAUUUGUAGUUAACUGAAAACAGAACUUCAAAAUCUAGUCUAAAAUAGCCAAAAUGAAUAUAGGUGAGUUUUUUUUUUUUUUCUUUAUUUUUCAAAUCGGCUAAUCACAAAAACACAAAACUACGCAGGGCAUUGCUCAAACUGUAAAUGAGUAAAUAUUUAGUGAAAAUCAAAUGCAAGCUAUUAACUGUUUCUAUGUUUUUACAUUUUAGAAAUCUGAGUGUGAAAGCAAUUACCAACUACAGAUAUUUGGACAAUGUUGGGAACCCAAUGGCUAAUGGCCUUUACGAUCUGGCUCUGGGACCUGCAGACACCAAGGAAGUGUGCGGCACCUGUGCCCAGGACUUCAACAACUGCCCUGGUCACCUAGGACAUAUCGAACUACCCCUCAUUGUUUAUAACCCACUCAUUUUUGAUGUAAGUCCAGAGGUGUUGGAAUAAUGCACUCAUUCUUUUACUUGGUCUGUUACUACUAUUGGGUAAAAACAGAGGUUUAUUAGAUUUUUGUCAGGUGUAGUUUAUCAUAAAGCGUACCUGUAAACGCUUAAACAUGUGAAUGUUUAAAGAAAAUAAAAGUACAUCCAAUACCGGCUAAAUGUUGUGCUAGCAAACUAGUGGAUUACAAUAAAAGUAUAUUGAAAUAAUUUUUGACAUAAAGGUCUAUCCCAAUGGCCCAGCUGUGUAUUUUGAUAAUGCUCGUCUGCCACAGAGGCAAGUUAAAGCAAUAAUGUCAAUGGUAUCAGUGGUGAGACACAGAGGAAGAGGAAACAAGGAAGGCAAUUUCAUGAUCAUUUUUCCCAUAGGCAACCCAUACAGUACAGACCCAACCACUCAGAAAUUAGUACUAGGUAUUCAGGAGACUAGAGAGUAGACACAUUUAGUUGUAGAGGAAGGCAAGUCCUGACAACCAUAGUAGAGAGCUGAAAAUAUCUAAUUCCAGGGAGAUAUUCCAAACAAACCCUCACUAUAGUCUAGCCACUGUCUCAGUCUGGCUAUGUGUGUACAUUUCAAAGACUUCCAUUGAGCAGGUCUCCUCGACUUUGCCUAGCCAAUAUCAAUGGAUGAUGGGUGUUCUUGUUUCUAGUGAUGAGAAUGGUAGUAUUGGUACUGUAGGCAGUCUGGGGACUCCCAGUCAGCAGAGAUAAUCGGUGUGUGUUUGUAUAUAUAUAUAUAUUUAACAAAUUUAGGUACCUUCUAUUAGGGGGUAUUGUUGUGGUGAAGAAGGCCCCCUGACAAGUUGUGGGAGUUGAGGUAUUUGCACCUGAAGAUUUCUGUUUAGUUUGCUUCCAAUAUCUGAUAAGGAGCCAUGGUAUUGUCUUAUAUGAUUUCGAUCAAGGAUUAAAUUAUUAAGGCUACAAAACAGCCCUGCAACAGAAAGCUUCAUUUAUACUGAGCGUGCAUAAGUAGGUUGAAGAAUCAACAUAGUUAUAUUUGUGUGCCUUACAGGAUAUGUUCCUGGUUAUUCUGUGGAGCCGAGGUGGCUACAUUAAGAGUGCUUGUUUAAAUGCAUGAUUGAGAUAAAUAUCUUUAAUAUGGUACAAUAUUGUUUUAGAGACAUGAUAUAAUUACGGUUAUACUUUGGGUUCACGUUUUCUAUUUAUAAUUUAUUUGCUCUUUUAAUGAAAAUACAAUAAGUUAUGACAGGAUUUUAGGAUGAAGGUGGCUGCGUUAGAGACCCCCUUUUGAAUUCCAGCAAAGGGGGAUUGUUUACUUUAAUUAAUUUUUUUUUAUAUAUAUAUUAAAUAGGAGUUGAUGAUGUAAUGAUUAAAACAUGAGUUAAUAGUUUUUUAAUGUUUUAGCUUAAAUCUCUAUAUGAAUAGCAUUUAUUUAUACAUUUAAAAUAUGGCCCGUUCAAAGGCUAGCUAAAUAUGGCAUUGCGCAGUGUUGGCCACGCAUCUGCAUUGUGUGUGCAGAGCAUAUUGGUUACAAGUGAAUGCAAUUUAUGGCUCUUGUUUGGGAUUACCUGCUCUCAGCUUCCUGGAUCUUGUUAUACCAAUGCAUCUAUGUUGUGUAUAUAAUACAAGUAGUUCGAUAAUAUCAACUACCACUAAUACAACUUGUACGUUAAACUACACAGCAAACAUUGUAACAGAAUAAGGGAAUAUACGGAGUAUCAAACUAAGACAUUUAUUGUUUGAUUAUUGCCUAUUGGCGAUCUUUUAGAAUUAUUCUCUAAAUAAAGAUAAUGUUUCUAUUUUAUUCUUGAGUUGCUAUCUCUUCCCAUCUUAUUUCUUUUAGAUUGUAAGCUCUACCUGUUGUAUCGGUGUGUUCUUAUUGUGUUUACCCUUUUCCCAAUUGUACGGCGCUGCGGAAUUUGUUGGCGCUUUAUAAAUGCCAGUAAUAAAUAUUUCUCAAAUGCUAUCUUUCCACUAGUAUAACCUGCACCAGAUUAUGUCUUAAAGCCUUCAGUGUAAAUGAAACAUUUGGUUUAUUCCAUAGAAUUAAGAGGUCUCACCGUGCUCUUUUAUAAUUUAAUCAUGGUCCUUCAUCUUCUUCUAUCAUUAGAAACUGUUCCUACUGGUACGUGGCUCCUGUUUUCACUGCCACUUGCUGACAUGUCCUCGUGCGGUCAUUCACUUGCUGCUCAAUCAACUGAAGGUCCUUGAACAUGGUGCCCUCCACGAGGUUCACGAACUGGAAGCUGUUCUUGGAAGAGUGAGUGUCCACUUCAUAGAUCUAACAAUCCAAUAGGUUGUGAAAGGGUGCAGUAAUGGCAGAAUCUAAAAGUCGCAGGGUGCUCUAGAACCCUGUACCCCUUCCCCACAAACACACACUGUUACUUUGUGUUCUAACUAGGAAUUAGAGGAUCUUUGCUCGUGUAGCACAGAGCUCUCUUUUAAUAGCUUCCUCUCCAUCACAGAUUGUUUGUUUUACUGGCUGAGGUUUGCCAGAUAAAAUGUUAUGUCCUGGUGCACUCUAUCUGAGAUUACGGAGUAGGGAAGUAAGAUCUCUACUGCUAGGUACAUGGGUUUACGUCUCCUACAUCUUCUCUCCUUGAAAGUUUUGUAGUUUAAUGCAGGUCGGUAGUUGUGAUCCAUAGGAGAGCUUAAAUAAUUCUACACAGGUCGCCGCUUCCUAAAGCUUUGAUUCUGCUUUACCGGCAGCCAUAAUGUUACUGUAUCUGAACACGGAACCGUAAGAUAGGUUUCAGGAGGCAAACACAUAGCACUGCCACUCGUGAUGUUAUUGCCUCCGCACUGUAAAAAUAACAUCAUCUUUCAAAGAGAAACACAAACAAACAUGCUUACAACUGUAGAAUGUCCUUGUUCAGAAAAACAGCACAGGUCCAUGAUGGUCCUGACACAUUCAAACAUUCCUUCCCAAAGUGCAGUUCCGGGGUUACGUUAAUUUACAUGGCAUGCUCUAGCUUUGCCAGGGCAGCACACAAGAUGAAUUAUGGGAUAAAAAAAAUUACAAAUGAAAUUGCUAUUUUUGGUUUUUGGCCUCAUUUACUGUGGUUUACAAAGAAGUGACAAUUUCAUAUAAAACACAUAUCCCCCCCUUCAUUCUUUCUAAUCAAUUUACAGUGUAUGUUUUUGCCAUAACUGGCAUUUACUAACCAGAUCACCUAUCUAAAGUAAGAAAAGAAAAUGGUGACGAAACCUUAGCAUAUGGUCUUAAUGUGUUUAAGCCCUCUACUGCUUGCGAAGUUCCCCAGCGCUAAAGCAUGCGCAGUGCAAAACGUACUACUUUAAGUUUUUCCUGAGGCUCAACUCAAAUUUAUACUUUACUGCAGUCACACCUGAUGGGUGCGUGUGAGUGGAGGAGUGCGGUGUUCAUCUCAAGGAACAUAACUGCACUAAUGUGAAAAUCAAAAUAGAAUGGUUAAUAACUUUACCCACCACUGUGACAUGCUAAAAGAGCUAAACUGUCUGUCGCUGGAAUCAUGACGCACUCUUCUUCAACUUUCCAGCCUUCCCAGUUUUUAGCAUGAUAUGAGCGAAAGGUCUAAAAUAGUAAAUUUCAUAAUUGUGAAUAUAUUUUUAUAAAAUAGAACUCCCUAUAUGGUUAAUUUAAUUCCAUCUACUGCUGGAUUGGGAGAUAUAUCUAUAUCGCCACUACCUCCUGAUCAAACAAAACACACAUUUGUGUGUAACCAGUAGUAUUCAGAGUAGCGUUUGCCCCACAACAGCCCUUAUAUAAACUCUUUAGCAAUACAGACAGUUUAUAAACCCAUGGAUUAACAUUUGAGGUACCAUCGUACUAGCAAGGGAUCUUAACCGGUUAUAACUCUAAUCAAAGACACAGCAUACACCAACACAUUCUCCAUGACAAAUUCUCACAAUUAUUCCUAUUACCGGUAUGCUGAUAGGCUGAUUAACGGAACAACUGGAACCAGGGGAAAACAUGAGGAUUGGCAUUCAUAGUUUGUAAAAUGAAAAUAUUUAAUAAGUAAAGGAAGGAGAAGCUGUUUUUAAGGCAGCUGAAAAUGAUUAAGUCGUAUAAUAAGUUAAAACACGAGAAGGUUCCGCUUGAAGUGCGAUCCCUGCUGUAUUUUAACUAUAAAUGGGUUUGAGCGCAUAGUGUAAAAAUUUUCAUCAUUGAUGUAUCUUCCAGUACCUGGAGGGCAACUCAUCUGCGACAGGUAGCGAGAUUAAAGACGAGUUAGAAGACUACGCCCGAAGUGUGUUAAAAAAGUACAAGAAAAAGACCGAGAGCAAAACUGUAAGUAUGCCGAAUCCUUGACCAUCAAAAUCAAACCUCGAAUGGACUGUCUGACAUUAAGCAGAUUCUCAGGUCAAAAAGUCACCCAGGGUCUGCAGUCUUCCGCUUUUGUUGUGUUUUCCAGUGCUGCAUUUAAUCCCCGUAUAAUCCUCGCCACAAUAGCAACUUUCAGGGUUAUUUACCAACGUGAGCAUUCAUAGUGAAUAUAGUUGAUUAGGGAAUCUUUCAAUUUCUGUUAUUUUUACCUUAAAUUUGAAAUUCCCUCUGACUUCUCGCUUUUGUGAGUAACACUGUAUGGGCUGAAACUGAAUACAGAUUGAAUAAUCGAUUUAAAAGCCUUGCAGAAUCUUAAAGCUUGCUACAGAGUACACACAAAAGGCCUGAAUACACGAGCAUAGUCCAAAUGCAGAAUUAUUAGGGUCCUGGUAAAUGUGUAUUAGGGGCCUUUUGUAUGUAUUGUAUAUCAGACUGGUCCAUCAGGUAUUUUGGAUUUUAUUAAUUUUCUCCUGUGUGUGUUUCGUCUUGUUGUGAAUCAGUUCAACGAUGGUAUAGAAUACUAGCAAUUAAAGGGCAGAGAGCAAAAAUAUAUUUAAAAAAUGUAUAAAUAAAAUUGUACAUUUUUCUUUUCCUUUUUUUAAUUUUUUUUUUUAUUUAUUAUUAUUCAUUAAGAUAACUAUUCAGGCCCCUAUUUUUAUUUUUUUUAAAUAUAACUAUUUCAGCUAAAAGCAUUAUAUUUAACUCCUUAAAGGACCACUAUAGUGCCAGGAACACAUACUCUUUUUUUUCUGGCACUAUAGUGCCCUGAGGGUGCCCCCACCCUCAGGGUCCCACUCCUGUGGCGCUGAAGGGGAGGAAGGGGUUAAUUCCUUACCUUUUUUCCAGCGCCGGGCUCCCUCGCCGCUGGGACUCUCCUCCCUCUUCUGAUGUCAUCGGCUGAAUGCGCAUGCGCGGCAAGAGCCGUGCGCGCAGUCAGCCAGUCUCAUAGGAAAGCAUUCUCAAUGCUUUCCUAUGGACGCUGGCGUCUUCUCACUGUGAAAAUCACAGUGAGAAGCGCGGAAGCGCCUCUAGCGGCUGUCAGUGAGACAGCCACUAGAGGCUGGAUUAACCCAUAGGUAAACAUAGCAGUUUCUCUGAAACUGCUAUGUUUACAGCAGAAAGGGUUAAACCUAGCUGGGCUUUUAAGGACAGAGGUAAUGGACCUGAAUUGUUCUGAAUCAAAACAGUCUUGAAGUUGCACUAUGCUUGUUCCACCAUAAUUUAAGGAUUUCUCUUUAGGUGCACCCAUACAUAUUAUAUAUAUUUUAGUAAAUGUGAUCAUUUUUCAACAUCCAGUGCAACUAAAGCAUAAAAACUUUAAUAUAGAUUUUUGCAUCAUUCCUUGUUGUUAAAUGCCUCAUAAGUCUAAGAAGUAAAUACAUUUUUGGAAGUUAAUGCUAACUCUAUACCAACUCUAUUUCUGCUUUUUAUAAUUUUGUCCAUAACACGGAUGAUUCCACUUCUGCUGUCCGUCUUUUAAUUAGGUGAAGAAUAUCUGCAUAGCCAGAAACAAGCUGAUUGGAGAUUUCUGGAAAUCGGAAAUGGCGUCUAAAAAAUGUCCUAAUUGCAGGUGAGCUGCCGUGACACACAUUAAAUGAAGGAAAAUCGGCUGGGCUCACAGGAUGCUUUAUUCUCAAAAGGUUAAAAGCGGCAAUGAUCUGGCUUAAUAUCGUCUUUAUCCAGUUUGUUAAAGGCUCUGACUUGAGCUGAAACGUCACUGCUUUUUACUCUCUGUGAAUAGAACCUCCCAAGUGACUUUGCAUCCUGUAUGUCCAGUAAUAUUUAACCAUUUUCAUGAGGUCACUCACAUUUACACUACGCUUUCAUAGUGUUUACAGCAAAUUUAAAGGAAUAUUACCCACCUAAUGUCACCGAAACAAUAUAAGCCCCCAUUCCAUGCUGUUACACCGGCUGGGAAACACUGGGGGGUAUAUCUACGGCAAUGUUUGAAUUAAUGGUACAAUCUUUUUCUAUCUUUAGUGGAAAAUAGUCUGACAAGCUUAUAUUUUUAUAGGUAUGGGUGCAGAUUUAUACAUGUAGAUGACUGAUAAUUACAGAGAGUUAAAGGAACAGUUCAGCAUUAGAAGUAAAUAUAUGUAUUUCUAACACUGGAUUGUUACAAAUCCUGUUUACUUUUCCCCUAAAAUCCAUUGCUUACCUCUAAUCCUAAAAAAAAAAAAAAAAAAAAGUUGGAUACCCCAAAAGGGGAAACAACUAGGUGUGUGUCUAGGGGCGGCCAACAUAGGGGAUAACCCUCACAUACGUGUAUUGAUUGAAAGACAGACCUAAUAGGUCAGGGAAAACAGGACGCCCCCUGGUGAAUAUAUAUAUAUAUAUAUAUAUAUAUAUAUAUAUAUAUAUAUAUAUAUAUAUAUAUAUAUAUAUAUAUAUAUAUAUAUAUAUAUAUAUAUAUACAUACAUACAUACAUACAUACAUACAUACAUACAUACACAAAAGAGGUAAAACAUAACCUUUAAUUGUUGCUGUAAUAAAAAUACUCUAGCAAAAAGCUUAGAAAGAAUAUAUAUAAAUGUUUAAAAUUGGGAGGAUAUAUGCCUGGAAGGGGAUAAUAAUCCUGAGGGAAUCACCUAAAGGAUCUCAAGCUGAAUAGAGCUGAAAAUCCCCCCAACCAGUAAAGUACAUCUCUUAGCGAUGGUACCUCUAAAACUUGCCUAGAUAAAGCGAAACAAUUCCUCUAUGCUUGCUAGAUAGACUCUUAUCCAAAAGUCUCUUAUACCACUAACUGAAAUAAAAUCCAAUAGGGUAAGAAAGUAGCAACUAUAUAAAUCCUUGUGAACAGAUUGUAGCAAGAAAUAGUAGAAAAGGUCCAUUAACUGUGUGAUCAUCCACUAGUCUGAAUAGUUCCUUAGUGUUACUAGGUAACUAGAUAGAUACAGUGUGAUAAGUAUCAUAGCAAUAUUGUACGCCUGUUACUGAGGGAUGGAGGAAUGGGGGAAAAGAAGGCAGCUAUAUUCAAGUCUGUAGUACUGGAAGAAGCUAUCACAUAAUAAGCUUAACAGAGUCUUGUAGAAACAGUAGCCCCGUCGCCCAUAUCCACCCCACCCCUUCUAGUGAAUCGUAUUGGAGUUCUAGCUAACUGAUCAUCUAGAGAGACUAAACUAGUCGGCGUCCAGGUAAAGAAAUAUCCUGCCUGCUACCUAACACGUGUUUCGGCGCUGCUAACGCGCCUUCUUCUGAGGCUAAACAGGUGAUCAGAGCAUCGGUGGCUCCUUAAAUAGCCCUUUACACUCAGUUCAUAAUGGGGGCGUGUGCAGUGCGUUCGCGCCAAAAUUGGCCGAACGUAAUCCAGCCCCGCCCCCAAUGACAAUCCAGCCUCUGAUUGGUGAAUGUGGGUUGAUUGAACAAUACCUCCGUUAACCCUGUAGGUGCCAAUCUUACGUUGCUGCUGGGUAGCAUGCAGCAUAGAUAAUUCUGAGGUAUAAGAAACCCAUCGCCAUAUUAGUAAUUUAUGAGAGGGGUGUACAAUCAGUGUAGGACUUAGGAAGGCUUAUGAAUCCACAGGAGUUCGAUAGAAUCAAUAUCAUUAUCAUAUUGGAAUACUAGGUGGAAGUCCAAUUAAUAAUUGAACAUGAAUUGCGACCACAUAAUAAAUAAGCCAAUUUCUGAAGAGAGAUCCUAUUGAUUAAAGAGUCCUUGCGGAAUCCAGUUAAUUAUUGAGCAUGAAUUAAGACUAGAUAACAAAUAAGCCGAUCUCUAAGGAGAGAUCCUAUUAAUUAUACUAUCCUUAUAUAUCCAGAAUAGCACAUAUAGAGCCAUUAAGGUUAAAUGUCAAAAUGGGUGAAUAAAGUUAUAAACGAGUGUGUAUAUAUAGGGCCAAGUGGAUCACCGAUGCAUAAAACAAAAUAAAUAAAGAACAAAGAAAAAAGUAUAUACAGUCUAAAUAAAUACUAUGUACAUAUAUAAUACAAUUAUAUUAAUAUAGUUCCUUAGUGUUACUAUUUUUCAAUGAAGGGAGUGAAGGUAAACCCCUCAUUUAAACCAUUGGGGGCCAAAGUUUUGAACCUAUAGAUCCAGUAACACUCUCUUUUAAGGAGGGUGUGAUCCAAGUCACCGCCCCUACGACCUAGGUUCACUUUUUCAAUCCCUGCGAAUCUAACCACUUCGGGAUCCCCGCAGUGUUGAUUUCGUAUAUGUCUCGCCACAGGGGUGUCCCUCUGAUUCCUCACAGAGUGUAUGUGCUCCAUGAUACGUCUUUUAAAGGGGCGGAUUGUUUUACCCACGUAUCAAAUUCUUGUCGGCCCUGAAACAUCUUUUAGACAAGGCGUUUGAUGAUGGAGUCUUGGGCAAAGAUGAGUAUACAUUCAUCUAUGUCAAAAGUCCGACCGUGUCCACAUUCUACUGUCUACCAAAGGUGCAUAAGCACUAUGACAACUUGACAGCUAGACCCAUUGUGUCCGGAUCCAAUAACAUAACAUGUAAGGCCAGUAUCUACCUAGAUAAGAUCCUUCGUCCCUUUGUAGAAAAGCUACCUUCUUACCUUAGAGAUACGAAGGAUACUUUGAAAUGCCUAGCCUCCAUUAGUCUACCAAGAGAUGCCAUCUUAUGCAGCCUUGAUGUGGAGGCAUUGUAUUCUUCCAUUCCACACUCCCUUGGGCUGAGACACAUUAAACAUUACUUGGAAACACGGGGAUCUGAACAUCAACGUCACACUUCAUUUGUAUUGGAUCUGUUGCAAUUUGUCUUGACCCACAAUUUCUUCUUAUUUGAUUGCCAAUACUACCACCAAGUACAGGGUACAGCCAUGGGUACAUCUUGUGCCCCAUCAUACGCUAACCUGCACCUGGGCUGGUGGGAGGAGAAUGUGGUCUUCACUGAUACAAACACUGAAUACACCAAAUACAUCUUUAUGUGGAAGAGGUACAUAGAUGACGUCCUUGUGGUAUGGACGGGAACAAGGGAAUGCUUUAUGACCUUUGUAGAGAACUUGAACUCUAAUGACCUCAAUUUGAAGUUCACGAUGGAAAUAGGGGGUUCGUCCCUCAAUUUCCUCGACUGUACGUUUAGUACCACUUCUAAGCAGACCAUUGAGACAACAUUAUUCAGGAAACCCACCUCAACAAAUACCAUGCUUAGGUGGGAAAGUCAUCACCCAACCACAUUAAAGAGAGGCAUUCCUGUUGGACAGUACCUCCGGUUGAGGAGGAACUGCUCUAGCAUGGAGGACUUUAUUACUCAAGCCAAGUCACUUAAAACCAGGUUUAAAGAAAGAGGUUAUCCUAACCGCUGUUUAAAGCAAGCAUAUCAAAGAGCGCUAUACAGCGAUAGAAUGGAACUCCUCAAGGAUAAACCGAUCCCUAAUGAACAAGCACCUAUUCGCUGCAUUGUUAAUUUUGACUCAGGUUGGGAUCAGGCGAAAAAGAUACUGGGAAGAUUCUGGCCACUUAUAUCCCAAGAUCCCCAUCUCAAAGGGACUGUGACCCCUUAUGUAUCCCUCACAGCACGUAGAGGAAGGAAUUUAAAGGAGGCACUAGUGCCCAGUCAUUUCUCCUCUACUAAGCCAGGUCACAACUGGCUUUCUGUGCAGGGUACUUAUAAAUGUGGCAAAUGUGUGGCGUGCAGGUACAUAUGUAAAGACUCCAAACACCUCACAGAUUCAUGUGGUCAAGUGGUCUGCAAUGUUAAGCAAUUUUUUAAUUGCAAUACCAAAGGUUUAGUCUAUCUCUUGAUCUGUACUUGUGGCCUCAGAUACGUGGGUAAAACAAUCCGCCCCUUUAAAAGACGUAUCAUGGAGCACAUACACUCUGUGAGGAAUCAGAGGGACACCCCUGUGGCGAGACAUAUAUAGAACCCUUCAAUCCUUUGAUACGUGGGUAAAACAAUCCGCCCCUUUAAAAGACGUAUCAUGGAGCACAUACACUCUGUGAGGAAUCAGAGGGACACCCCUGUGGCGAGACAUAUACGAAAUCAACACUGCGGGGAUCCCGAAGUGGUUAGAUUCGCAGGGAUUGAAAAAGUGAACCUAGGUCGUAGGGGCGGUGACUUGGAUCACACCCUCCUUAAAAGAGAGUGUUACUGGAUCUAUAGGUUCAAAACUUUGGCCCCCAAUGGUUUAAAUGAGGGGUUUACCUUCACUCCCUUCAUUGAAAAAUAGUAACACUAAGGAACUAUAUUAAUAUAAUUGUAUUAUAUAUGUACAUAGUAUUUAUUUAGACUGUAUAUACUUUUUUCUUUGUUCUUUAUUUAUUUUGUUUUAUGCAUCGGUGAUCCACUUGGCCCUAUAUAUACACACUCGUUUAUAACUUUAUUCACCCAUUUUGACAUUUAACCUUAAUGGCUCUAUAUGUGCUAUUCUGGAUAUAUAAGGAUAGUAUAAUUAAUAGGAUCUCUCCUUAGAGAUCGGCUUAUUUGUUAUCUAGUCUUAAUUCAUGCUCAAUAAUUAACUGGAUUCCGCAAGGACUCUUUAAUCAAUAGGAUCUCUCUUCAGAAAUUGGCUUAUUUAUUAUGUGGUCGCAAUUCAUGUUCAAUUAUUAAUUGGACUUCCACCUAGUAUUCCAAUAUGAUAAUGAUAUUGAUUCUAUCGAACUCCUGUGGAUUCAUAAGCCUUCCUAAGUCCUACACUGAUUGUACACCCCUCUCAUAAAUUACUAAUAUGGCGAUGGGUUUCUUAUACCUCAGAAUUAUCUAUGCUGCAUGCUACCCAGCAGCAACGUAAGAUUGGCACCUACAGGGUUAACGGAGGUAUUGUUCAAUCAACCCACAUUCACCAAUCAGAGGCUGGAUUGUCAUUGGGGGCGGGGCUGGAUUACGUUCGGCCAAUUUUGGCGCGAACGCACUGCACACGCCCCCAUUAUGAACUGAGUGUAAAGGGCUAUUUAAGGAGCCACCGAUGCUCUGAUCACCUGUUUAGCCUCAGAAGAAGGCGCGUUAGCAGCGCCGAAACACGUGUUAGGUAGCAGGCAGGAUAUUUCUUUACCUGGACGCCGACUAGUUUAGUCUCUCUAGAUGAUCAGUUAGCUAGAACUCCAAUACGAUUCACUAGAAGGGGUGGGGUGGAUAUGGGCGACGGGGCUACUGUUUCUACAAGACUCUGUUAAGCUUAUUAUGUGAUAGCUUCUUCCAGUACUACAGACUUGAAUAUAGCUGCCUUCUUUUCCCCCAUUCCUCCAUCCCUCAGUAACAGGCGUACAAUAUUGCUAUGAUACUUAUCACACUGUAUCUAUCUAGUUACCUAGUAACACUAAGGAACUAUUCAGACUAGUGGAUGAUCACACAGUUAAUGGACCUUUUCUACUAUUUCUUGCUACAAUCUGUUCACAAGGAUUUAUAUAGUUGCUACUUUCUUACCCUAUUGGAUUUUAUUUCAGUUAGUGGUAUAAGAGACUUUUGGAUAAGAGUCUAUCUAGCAAGCAUAGAGGAAUUGUUUCGCUUUAUCUAGGCAAGUUUUAGAGGUACCAUCGCUAAGAGAUGUACUUUACUGGUUGGGGGGAUUUUCAGCUCUAUUCAGCUUGAGAUCCUUUAGGUGAUUCCCUCAGGAUUAUUAUCCCCUUCCAGGCAUAUAUCCUCCCAAUUUUAAACAUUUAUAUAUAUUCUUUCUAAGCUUUUUGCUAGAGUAUUUUUAUUACAGCAACAAUUAAAGGUUAUGUUUUACCUCUUUUGUAUAUAUAUAUAUAUAAGUAUUCACCAGGGGGCGUCCUGUUUUCCCUGACCUAUUAGGUCUGUCUUACUUCUAAUCCUGCAAAGGAAAGGUGCGCUCAGCCCUUGGCAGAUGUGGCUCUCCUCCAGUACAUGCUCAGCAAUCACUGCGCUGCAGUGAUAUAGUGCGUCUUAUAUAGAACCCUUCAAUCCUUUGUUUCUUUAUGAAAAGCAUUCACGUCUGGAAUGAGUGAGAAGUGAGCACUCUCCCAUUUCUCAUUAAUCAGCACUUUAUAAAGUAAAACUAAGGGGACAACCUUUUUAAUCAUAAAGCCCUUUUAACUAUGUUUUGAGGGUUCGUUUAAGUACAUAUAGUCCUGAAACUGUUGCAGAAAUAACAUAAUCUUUGCUAACAAUAGCAUUUUAAACUCUCUCUCUCUGGGGGGGGGGAAAGGAAUCAAUGCUCAUAUACCUUACAUGCUAAAGUACAAGGUUCUGGGAAAUAUUUUGCCUUAAAAGCUAUUUUUGGAAAUACCAGUGUUUUAGAAGAAGCUACGGUGUGCGUUGAUCAAAGUUACAAGUCUCUGUCAGUGCUUGCUAAAUCACGAAUCACUUUUUGUUGUAGUUGCUAUGAAUGCUGGUAUAUCAGAUAUAUUUGGUUCCUCCCGAACUUCUCCUUGGACCUGAGAGGACACAGGGACAAAGUACAUACUGUAGGAAACAGUGCAACAAAUGCUAAUGCCAGUCAUUGAUCAUGGGGAUGUCGUGUAUGCAUCCACACCGCAAACCCACCUUAAUAAACUUAAAGGACCACUCUAGGCACCCGGACCACUUCAGCUUAAUGAAGUGGUCUGGGUGCCAGGUCCAGCUAGGGUUAACCCAUUUUUUCAUAAACAUAGCAGUUUCAGAGAAUGGGUUAAGCCUUCCCCCAUUCCCUCUAGUGGCUGUCUCAUUGACAGCCACUAGAGGCGCUUGCGUGCUUCUCACUGUGAAAAUCACAGUGAGAGCACGCCAGCGUCCAUAGGAAAGCAUUGAUAAUGCUUUCCUAUGUGACCGGCUGAAUGCGCACGCAGCCAGCCGUCAGGGCGGAGAGGAGGAGGAGAGCUCCCUGCCCAGCGCUGGAAAAAGGUAAGUUACACCCCUUUCCCCUUUCCAGAGCCGGGCGGGAGAGGGACCCUGAGGGUGGGGGCACCCUCAGGGCACUAUAGUGCCAGGAAAAAGAGUAUGUUUUCCUGGCACUAUAGUGGUCCUUUAACACGUUAUAUAAUUCAUUCUGCCGCUUCGUACUUGAAUGUAAUAACUUUACCCACCACUGUGACAUGCUAAAAGAGCUAAACUGGCUGUCGCUGGAAUCCCAACGCACUCUUCUUCAACUUUCCAGCCUUGUGCAUAAGAGCAUUUCUGGGAAGCUCCCACCCUACCUGGGUAGAAUGCUCUCCCCAGCUGUUCCUACCUCCUAUAACCUCCGAUCCAGUACUAGCACGAUAUUUAGCAUACCGCAAUACAAAAAUAAAGUGGCUCGAUCCUCAUUUUCCUAAAGAGCACCGCAAUUAUGGAAUAACCUCAGGGACACAGUCAAAGCUUCAUUCAAUCUAAAAUCUUUUAAGAGAUCUAUGGCAACAUACCUCAGCACAGAAUGCACCUGUUAUGGUUGAAUAUAUUUAUUACCUGUUAUCUAUUAAAUAUAUAUAUAUAUGUGUGUGUGUGUGUGUAUAUAUAUAUAUGUAUGUAUAUUGUAUCCUAUUGUAACAAUGCCAUGUUUUGUGGACCCAGGACUUAGUUGAAAACAAGGGAAAUAUCAAUGUAUCCAUCCUGGUAGAAUAUUUUAUAAAUAAAUAUAGAAUUUUAUGGGUGAAUGAUUUCCUUGUCGCAUGGGAAUAAAGUUGGUCAUAAUUUCUACAAAUACAAAGUGUCUUUUUUUUUUUUGUACUUCUUAAAGGGACACUAUACACCAGUGUAUUUGUUGCAUUUGUUCUGGGUUUUUGCAGUAAACAAUGUCUUUUCAGAGAAAAUGCAGUGUUUACAUUACAGCCUAGGGAUAACUCCACUGGCCACUCCUCAGAUGGCUACAAGAGGUGCUUCCUGGGUCAGUGCUGCACACUGUGCCUGCCGUACAGCCAUUCAGUGCAUUCCCCCGCUUCAUGGAGACACUGAACUUUCCUCAUAGAGAUACAUUGAUUGAUUUAAUGAGGAGAUGCUGUGUUUGGCUUGUGCUGGCUCUGCCCCGAUCUGCCUCCUUAACAGUCUCAGCCAAUCCUGUGGGGAAGCAUUGGGAUUGGCUCAGUGAAUCACUUCUGAUGAAGUCAGCCAAGCAGCCAGAUCAAGGGGAAGAGGUAACUGCUGCCAAGUAAGAUUUUACUAUAUUGAGGGGGGAAUAUGGUGGUUUUAACACAAUAGGGUCAGGAAUACGUGACCCUAUAGUGUUCCUUUAAACAUAUUAAAAUGUACAUAUACAAUAAAAGGAGGCCAAAUGUAGAUCCUUCGCUACUAGAAUUAUAUAUUCAAUGCUGGAUUACCAGCUUUAAGGGUCUAUACGUGUCAUUAGAAGUUUAGUUCAGUUACAUCAGGAGAUCUACCUGUGAGCAUCCACAGAGUUUGCCAAUUCUGGGGCAGAGUUCUAAGAAUCUAGCAGUCUUAAUGAACUUUCCGUUUGAUUUCAUGGUACCUGCUCAAAUUGAUGGAAGCAGGUGCCCAAAAGGCAGAUCCCCAGAUGUCUUUCAAACUACAGUUUCCAUGAUAAAGGCAUGCAAAGCAUCAUGGGAGGUGUAGUUCUACAACAUCUGGGGAUCUACCUUAUGGAAACCCCUGAUCUAGGUUAACACCACAAUCUCGUAGGAGGUAUUUGAGCGUUUUUUUCUCUUUUUUUUCAUUUUCUUUCCUUUUUAUGCAUUUUGCCAUUAUUAAAUGAAAGCUUUAAUCUAGAUUAUUUUUGUCUGUAGGGCUCCAAAGUCAGUAGUGAGAAAAGAACACAACAGCAAGUUAACUAUCAUAAUGGCUAAACCAACUAAAAAGUCCAAAGAUGACUUGGAGAAAGGUGACCUUCCAGAAGGUGAGUGUAUGGUCAUUCUGUCUGAGUCAAAUUUCCCUUUGUGUCACCAAAAUACUCCCAUUUGCUAAACACAGAAUUUAAAUGUAAACAAACUGUUUAAUUCUACUAGAGUUCUCUAGUAUUCAAUCAAAACUAUUCCUUCGAAACACCCUGUAUUCACUAGUAACCCAUUGCUAACCAAAUUGCGACAUUUCAUUGCCGUAGUAAGAGUCAUCUUAAAGUGGGCAAAAAAAAAAGCUACAACUAAGGUAAGAGUUGAGUUUAAGUAGAUUUCAAUUUGAAGUAUUGUUAUAAAUAAAAGUCGCAGUCUAGCCUACCAUAACCACUAUAUUGUAAUUAAUUAUAGUGACUUUAGGCUGUGCUUGCUAUCCCCUAUUCUUGCACUUUAACUAAACCGAGGGGUCCCCAUGUUGGCAGCAGCACAGCCCCAUUUUCAGCUGUUGCGAAAGAUGACAGCAAUAUCCAUUUCAUCCAUGUUGUAACAUAAUUGUCUGAGCGGUUCAGUGGUACGCAGUUUCUUACUGACUAACCAGACAUACUGCGGCUCCUUUAUUCACAAAUCCGAUUCUGUUCUACUGAAUUAUCCGAUUUUAUCAGCUUCAAAGAUGAUGAUCUUUUUGUCUUUUUCCUUUCCUUUCUUUCAGUACUUGAUACGACAGAAUUAAGCAAACGCGGUUAUUUAACUGCCAACAGCACCAAGGAGCACAUAGAGGCCUUGUGGGAAAAUGAAGGUAAUCCAUUUUAUUAAAAUGAUUUUUCCAUAUGGAAAGUGGCUGGACCAUUUCCCUCCUUCAUAUCUUGGUGUCCCUGGGACUUGAUAAGUAUCCUGGGGGGUUUGUGGCCUAACUGCCCUAUAUAGGAGGGUAGGAACUGAAGAAAGCCUAACCCCUUUCUAGUUUUUCUACUGUCAAGCAUGUGAGAGGCAAAUAUCCAAUGCUUGGUACUGCCACUUUUUAUUGUUUUAUUUAUUUUUUUUAUUGAAAAAGCACUUUGCGUAAAUAAGUGUAAAUUAAAUUUUUGCCUAUCUUUUGGAUGUCCGCAAAAGGAACUCUGUCAUGGAUAACAAGACUGUCUUCUUGCGUGUUUCUCCCUCCCCCCACACCUCCACAUGGGUUUUUAAACUCGUGCACGAUUGUGCAAAUGUACUUGUUGCCCUCUGACACAUUUUGCUAUUAGCAGGCUGUUUUGAUUUACAUUUUGUUUUUGUUUUUUCUUCUAAGGCUUUUUCUUGAAGUACCUAUUUUCUGGAAUGGGAUUCGGAAAGAAAUCCAUAUUUACUCCAGAUAUGUUUUUUCUGGACCUUAUUGUAGUUCCUCCUGCAAGGUAAUGUGAAAGAUAUCCGUUGCAAUUCGUUAUUACAGGCCCUGUUAGAUUAUAAUGCUUUGUGUGCUUCCCCUCUGAAAGGAAGGCUAAUAAACAUGACUUAGAAACGGCUCAAUGCACAUCUUUAUCACUUACAUAAUUCUUCUACAAACUAGAAUUGGAAUAAUUUUAACCCUUCAGCUGUCAGAUGUAAUAGCCUGAGAUAUUCUGUGUGUAUUUAAUAAAUAAUAUAUAUGAGCUCUCCUAAAUUUUUCCUCCGAGCUCUCUCUGGCAAUUGUGUACUGGAAAUAAAUGUAAAUUGAAAACAGACCUAUACAACAUGCAUGAUGGGUCCUCCUUUUUAUUUAUUAAUUUCUUUUUUGGGCCAGGUACCGUCCCAUUAACCGGCUCGCAGAUCAGAUGUUUACCAACGGGCAGACGGUUAAUUUGCAGGCGGUCCUAAAAGAUGUCUCACUGAUACAGAAACUUCUGGCCGUGAUAGCCCAGGAUCAGGGCAAAACCCAGGAACUGACAGAAACCGAAUCCAUUUUGGUAAGAAGCCCAGAAUAAUGUUUCGGUACAUGCUCUGUAUGAACUGUUUAAUAAAAACCUUGCUGAAAUGAGGCUCCCCUGGGUGUCUUGGUCGGUGACAAAAAAAAACCCAAAAAUGAUCGUGAUGAAAUUGUCUAAAUUUGCCAAAUAAACUAUUUUAUUUAGGCAUGUUCCUUUUUAUUUAGAAUAGACGGUCUCUUUAAGUAGCGAUAGCUUUUGUACCAAGUAUUACUUCCUGGGUUAUGUCCACAGUUUCUGUAAUCAUUUAAUGUGAAUAUUAUCACCCAUCAAUGCUUGCGUUAUUCCUACUUGUAAGCAAGCACCAGAAUCUUAAUUUGAGCCAUAUAUCCAACUAGAAGCCAAUGUAGGGACUGAUAGAGGGAGAAGGGGUGGAAGGUGCAGGCGGACAAGAAAAUGAGACUCGCCGCCGCAUUCAUUAUAGAUUGCAGUGGUGCAAUCUGGGAAUAUUUAAGACCACUGAGAAGAGGGUUGCAGUAGUCAAGGUGAGAAAGAACAAUGGCAUGGACCAGCACCUUAGUCGCGUCUGGUGUUAAUUGGGGGAGGAUGUAUUGAAAGGGGAGGGAGAGAGGUUAGAGAUCAUGACGUGAGUAGUAAAGUUUGAGGUGGACAGGGUGGUAGGAGGAGGGGGGAGCAACAGGGCAAAGGAGAGCAUUAAAAGUGUGAAAUAAGCAUUUGGGUUGGCGGGACAGUGUGCUUAUGAGGGUGUUGAAGUUAUUUACUUUUGCAGAGGGAAGAGCCAGAGUGUAGGAGCGCAGCAUAAAUUUGUAGUGGAGGAAUUCAGGUGCAGAGUGAGACUUUCUCCAACAGCGUUCAGCAGUUCUGGAACAUUUUUGGAGAUAUCGGGUCAGCUUGAUGUGCCAGGGUUGGAAUUGGGAACGAUUGCUGCGUUUAAAUGUAGGUGGUUCCAUGAUGUCUAGUUGAGAGGAGAGAGUGGAGUUGUAGAGUGAGGUUGCAGAGUUAAGGCAAGUUAGAUGGGUAAAAGGAGAGUUUGGUGGAGAAAUGCUGGAGAUCAAGGCAGUGGAGGUUUCUUUGAGGGUGGUAAAUUUGGGUAUGGGGUAUUCUGAUGUCAAAGGUCAGCAGAUGGUGGUCCGAUAGAGGAAAUGGAACAUUGGAGAGAUUAGAGGUAGUACAGAGAUUGGUGAAGAUGAGGUCAAGAGUGUUUACUGCUGUAUGAGUUGCUGAAGUAGACCACUGUGUGAGGCCAAAGGAGGCGGUUACAGGGAGCAGACAGGAGGCAUCAAGGCAGUUGAGGUUCUUGAUUGGGAUGUUAAAGUCCCCAAGUAUGAGGGAAGGAGUACUGGAGAAGAGAAAGUGGGGUAGCCAGGAAGAAAAGUGCUCAAUGAAUAGCCUCUGAUGACCGGGGUAUAGAUGAUGGCAAUUCUUAAAGGAGUGGGCUUAAAUAUGCGGACAGUGUGUACUUCAAAAGAAGUAAAGGAUAGGAUAAACCUGAGAAUGACCUGCACAGUAACCUAUCUUUGGCAUGGCUACUAUUUUUGUAAAUUAAUUUAUUUUUACAUUUUAGUAAUGUCUUUCAGAGGUUUUAAGAUUAUUUUUUUUAUUAUUUAUUUAUUUUUUAUUUUUUUUAUAAAUAUAGUUGAAUUUGCAUUAUCAGGUCUAAGAAUUUAAUUCACAACUUGAACCUGAUUUCUUCAUUCUGAUUCACUGCUCAUUGUUUGAAUCUUUUUAGCUUUUUUUUUUUCUGCUUUUUUUUUUCAACUAGUGUAAAGUCAUCAAAUUGUAUUUGAUUGUUUUGCCCAAUAAGACAUUUUAUAUUAGAAAUGUAAAGAUACAUAAUUGAAACCAUAGAUGUGGCUUACAGCUCCAGAUGAUCUAACGAGGAAUUCUGUUAUUUCGCUGGUUGACACUAGAGGGCACUGUAACAUUAGCUCAUGUGCUUUUGUCACAGCAACUCUGGUGACCUAGUGAUGGUCAUUUUAAAAAGGGGACCUUAAGCACCAUAACCACUUCAAUUUCCUCCAAAUGUGGAUGCCAUUCAUUGGCUGAGCAUGUCAGCUGACACACUUGGCUAAUGUUUGAUAUCCAAAGUUGGGACAGAAUUAAUAUUGUUAAUGCAGUGUAACUCGCGUAAUGUCAAUAUGCCAAGCUGUCUGUGGUCUGUGUUAGGCUGCUUUAAUGAACACAGAUGGCACUAGGUGCUUGUUGGUGACAUAACCACUACAAAAGGCUGUAGUGGUUAUGGUAGUUAUAGUAUACUUUAACAAUUCUUAUCCUGUAGUGGUUAUGGUAGUUAUUGUAUACUUUAACAGUUCUUAUACCUGGGCGUGUAUGUGUGUAAUAUAUAUAUAUAUAUAUAUAUAGCAAAUCAGUAACCAACCUCAUGCCGAUGAGUUGCGUUAACAAUGAAACAGCUGUCCAUGAGUGGUUCACUGGCUUUGCAUCAUUUUCUAAGUUGUAUUUUAAGCUGUUGUAUUCAGCAAACACAGACUCAAAUGAAUCCAUGUUUAAAAUGGAAUGAGGCAAAAAUGUGAUUCUUUGUUAAACUAAUUUGCAUAUGUCCACCCAGAAUCCUUUGCGGUAGUAACAUCACUGCAGAUUUGUGAUUUCUGUGGGAAAAGCAAGGCUUAUGGCUUGACUGGUGUGCAGAUUUUUGUUUAGCAUUGUAUUAUAUAUAUAUAGAUUGUGUGUGUGUGUGUGUGUGUGUACAGUUGUGGAUGUGUACUUGUUUAUUUAUACAUAUAUAUUUUACUUUGUCUUGCCCUGCAUGCUGAAGCUAGUUGUUCCUAGCCCCACUCAACAUUGUUGGUUUGUUAACUUAAAUGUUAUUCACCUAUCUGCUUCUCUCUAAAGAUUUUCUCUGUUAUUUCUGCACCCCCCCCCCUUAUUUUAUUGAUACCCACCCAAAUGUUUUGCUUGACCAAUCUCACCUCCUCUGUGCAUCUCCAUUCCAUAGCUUUAUUGCAGCCCUUUUUAACCCUAUCAUCUCUGUCUUCCAGAGUUAAAAGGUUCCUGCUGGAAACCAGAACAGUUCUCAGUUGUCUGCCCACCCUAUCCCAUCCCAAGCUCUUUAUUCCAUUUAUAGAUAGAAUCUCACAUACAAUUUUAGAUAAUUAGAAAUGACAGCUACAAACACUACCUGCAUUCAGAACACUCCUACACUCCAUUAACCCCUAACACUCCGUCCUCAUUCUCCUUACUUCUGCCCACUCUGCUUUCUCAAAGUACUUACUCAUCUGAGCAAUGCUCUAUCUCCUCCUCUUCUCUCCUCUCCCUCAGCAUCAAAAUAUCUCCUUACAGCCACUUCCCUCAACAACACAAUGACAUCCACAUUUAUCCAUCUCUGCUACACUCCCCCUUCUCUCAUCUCACGCCCUGCACUUGUUUCUCUAUUCUUUCUCUCCUGCUCCCACCGAAUCUCAUCCUAGACCCCACCCAUAUAAAACCCAUUCACACCUCCUGUCACUAUCUCUCCUCCUACGUCUAUCAGCUGGUGACGUCUCUCCCAACCCAGGGCCCUUCACCUCGUCUGCUCACACUAAAACAACUAGAAACCACACAAACCUCAUCCUAAUAUCCUACAGUUUAUCCUCCUCUACCAACAUUCAGUGUGCACUCUGGAACGCACGUUCCAUCUGUAGCAAUAUUAAAUCAACAGCCGCACACGACCUCUUCAUCUCUAAUUUCCUCACACUACUAGUACUCCCAGAGACCUGGCUGACCCCCUCUGAUACCACUACUCCUGCUUCUUUAUGUUUCGGUGGACUACAAUUCUCUCACGCCCAUGGUGUCGGUAUCCUUCUCUCCUCUCAAUGUACCUUUCAACCUAUCCUCCCUGCCCCUGUCCUAUCCUUUACUUCCUUUGAAGUUCACACUGUCCACCUUUUUAAGCCCACUUCUUUAAGAAUUUCCAUCAUCUGUCACCCCCCCCGGUCAUCCUAGGCUAUUCAUUGAACACUUUUCUUCCUGGCUACUCCACAUUCUCUCCUCUAGCACUCCUUCCCUCAUACUUGGGGACUUUAACAUCCGAAUUAACAACCUCAACUGCCCUAAUGCCUAUCCUCUGCUCUCUGUAACCUGCAUACCCUUUACCCAAAUUUCACCACCCUUAACUCUCCAAUCUCGCAGAAACCUCCACCGCCUUGAUCUCCAGCAUUUCUCCACCAAACUCUCCUUUUACACAUCUCAAAUCUCUUGCCCUAAAUCUCCAACCUCAUUCUACAACUCAUAAAAACAUAGAAUGUGACGGCAGAUAAGAACCGUUUGGCCCAUCUAGUCCAUGCCGUUGUUGUUUCUCGCCUUGACUACUGCAAUCCCCUUCUCAGUGGUCUUACAUGUUCCCAGAUUGCACCGCUGAAAUCUAUAAGGAAAUGCAGCAGCAAGGCUUAUUUUCCUGUCAGCCUGCACCUCCCACGUCUUCCCCCCUCUGUCAGUCCCUACAUUGGCUUCCUGUUAGAUAUAGGGCUCAAUUUAAGAUUCUGGUGCUUGCUUACAAGUCCCUACAUAAUGCUGCUCCAACCUAUCUAUCCUCCCUAAUACACAAAUAUGUCCUGUUGAGGCCCCUUCGCUCUGCUGAAGACCUACGUCUGUCCUCUGUCCGUACUCCCACCUCUGAUGCUCGCCUCCAAGACUUCUCCAUUGCUGCACCUUUUCUUUGGAAAUCACUUCCCUUCUCCGUUAGACUUUCACCCACUCUCUACUCCUUCAAAAAAUCUUUGAAAACUCACUUCUUCAGGAAAGCAUAAAAAUUUAACUGUUAGCGGGUUUUCAUUGUCCCCUCCCCCCCCCUCCCCCAUGACUCCUCUCCUGCAACUGUCCAAAAUAACCUACUAAGCCCUCAGUGAAUACUUUUCUUGCAGCCUAUUUCAUUACCCCUACUUUUCCACUUUGUGUUACUAUACCCCACUCCCUCUAGCAUGUUAGCUCAUUGAGCAGGGCCCUCAAUCCCCUCUGUUCCUGUGUGUCCAACUUGUCUGGUUACAAUUACGUGUCUGUUAGUCCACCCAUUGUACAGCGCUAUGGAACAUGCUGGCGCUAUAUAAAUAAUAAUAUCCUGGUAGUGGUAGUAAGUAUCAAAUAUAUUGUGAGUCUUUGCUUCUUCUUCUUGCAGGUUUUGACCUAAACCUAGUAACCCGGGGAGCUCAUUGAUGCUUUUCUUAAUUCUGUGACUGAUGUUCUUUUAGAUGCAGCUUUCCCUCUUCUCACAAAGCUGUGCAUAUUAUCCCAACUAUGAAUAACGGUGCGCUCUGCUCCAGAUUUUAACUAGCUGCCUGUUUUGUUUGAGUACGUCAAAGGAGAUACACUCUAGCCCAAGUCUCCCCUUCACCAAAAGAACCAUUCCGUAACAUAUGGGUUGAACACCGAUAACAUUUAUCUUUCACAGCUCUUUCUUAAAUCAAAUUUAUAAACCACAUUAGAACUGUAUUGUUUAUAUGUUUUGUUUCUUCUAACUGGCUACCCAGCUUUAUUAUUAAAGAGAAACUCCAGUGCCUGGAAAACAAUCCGUUUUCCUGGCACUGCAGGUCCCCUCCCCGUCCCACCCCCAAUCCCCGGUUGCUGAAGGGGUGAAAACCCCUUCAGUAACUUACCUGAGGCAGCGACGAUGUCCCACGUCGCUGCUUCUUCCGCCGCUCCUCCCUGUGAUUGCGUCGGCCGGUGGGCGAGACUGAUCCCGCCCACCGGCCAGGGAGACUUAAUGCUGCCACGCAUGCGCUUUAGAGCUCCCCAUAGGAAACCAUUGAAAAUGCUUUUCUAUGCUUUCCUAUGGGAAAAUGAGCGUCACUGGAGGUCCUCACACAGCGUGAGGACGUCCAGCGACGCUCUAGCACAGGUUUUCUGUGCUAUAACCCCGCAAGUGCCCUCUAGUGGCUGUCUAGUAGUAGUAGUAGUAGUAGUAGUAGACAGCCACUAGAGGUGGAGUUAACCCUGCAAGGUAAUUAUUGCAGUUUAUAAAAAACUGCAGUAAUUACACUUGCAGGGUUAAGAGUAGUGGGAGUUGGCACCCAGACCACUCCAAUGGGCAGAAGUGGUCUGGGUGCCUGGAGUGUCCCUUUAAAUACUGGAACAGUGAAUUAUCAGUGGGAUAUUUUCACUAAAGAUCCAGAUAACUGAUCAGUACAUACAUGUCUGUAUUGAUUUGCGCUCUUUCAUUUAAGUGAAAUAUGUAAUUAGUUUUACAGGAGCUUCCUGUGCUCUUUAGUAGCAAACGUUGUUAUCAAUGCUUUUUGGGACAGACUCUGAAACUUCUGGCAUUUUUGGUUUUGUUUCAGGAACAGAUGGAGACCGAGUUUAUCGAUCGUUCUUUCCUGGCAGCCUUGCCGGGACAGUCCCUCACUGAUAAAUUGUAUAACGCCUGGGUUCGACUUCAGAGCCAUGUGAAUAUUGUGUUUGACAGCGACAUGGACAAGCUGAUGACUGACAAGUAUCCUGGAAUUCGACAGGUCAGUAAUUCAUUAGUUUAGAGGUUAUUCCUGGGAAUUCCGAAUUACUUGGGUAGUGAAGAUAGAAUUGUAUCCUUUUAACAAUAAAGUAAAGCAAAAAUGUGUUUUAUUCAGUCAUAUUAAAAGUAAACACUUAGCCUAUCACAUCUGUGCAAAUGUGGACAAAAUUGAUAUGGCUGCUAUUAUAUAAUAUAAUUAUAAAUUCUGAUAGAACAGUAUGUUAGUGGGUCGGGCCACGUAUGCCUGGGGGACCCUGUCUUUUGUCAAAUUGCUUUACAAUGUUUGUCACAGAACUAGGGGAUCACCCUCUUAGCCUUCUAACUCUGUGAGUACUGCAGCUGUAGAGUUUACAAAAAAAACUAACAUUAUCAGUUUAUAAACUUACUUCAGAAUUUUGUCCUGUAUCAUUGAAAUUUAUUUAUUACAAAUAUUAUUCCCUUCCUACUAUUAUUACGUUAACAUAAGCACAUACAAAAAGUAAGCUGACUAAACCAGAUAUAUAGAAGAUGGUUAUGAUUUGGACUUUGGAGUCCUUGAGAUAUAUUUGGAUGUCAUUUUUGAAUUUUAAAUCCUGGCCACAUGGGUACUGACCGGUGCUUUAAGUCAACUACAACCAUGUAACACACCAUUCUGUCUCUUCCAGUGGUUUUGUUUUGAAACUACUCCUUAUUCCUUUGUUUUCUAAAUCUUCUUUUUUUUUCCUCUAAAUAUAUCUUUGUGCUAAGAUAGAAAUAUAGAUAUAUAUUUGUGUAUGUCGCUGAUUGCCAUAAAGGUAUUUAAUGUAGUCAAACCUGAUUUUCAGUUCUGUCCAUUCAAUCUAUGUCUAUACUUUGCCUCUUCCUUUGUACAGAUUCUGGAGAAGAAAGAUGGCCUGUUUCGGAAGCACAUGAUGGGCAAACGUGUGGACUACGCUGCCCGUUCAGUUAUCUGUCCCGACAUGUACAUUAAUACCAAUGAGAUUGGAAUCCCGAUGGUAGGUGUCUAUGCCAUUUAAUACUGUGGAUUGAUACUUUUAUAAACAGUUCAACUAGAAUAGAGCCCGGGUUUCUUUCUUUACAAAUAGUGGACAUAGGCUGGGAAGUAUAAUCUUGCCGUAGACUGGCGUAUAUUAGUUAGCGUCUCCUGCAGGUGGUGUAAAACACGUAAAAUGUUGGUAUUCCGGUCACACUUCGUUUUUAUACACAACCAAUUGGCAUACUAUCCGGGUGAGUUGCCAUAUUGAAAAUUAAACCCCAACUGCAAACCAAUAAGCAAAAUAAAAGUAAUCUAUAUUUUCAGAAGGGCCAAACUUAAAACUUACAGAGUUACUCCAAACCUUAUGUAAAAUAUAUAUAUUUUUUAGAUUGACAAUGCCCUAUGGCAUGGCUGUCCAUUAGGUAGAUCCCCGGAUGUUGUAGAAAUACAGCUCCCAUGAUGCUCUGAAUGCAUUUAGAAUGACAAAGUAUCGUGGGAGUUGUAGUUCUGAUCUUCCACACCACAUUCUGAUGUGAUACCGGCAAUCACACAGGCUUCUUAUAGAGAAACCAGCGUUUGGAUUGUUUCGUCGGCUCAUAGAAGAUGUGCGCAAUAUGAGCCGGCAAGAGGAGGAGGCCGCUGAAGGAUAUUCUGAUUGUAUAUAAAAUAAGUCUGUGUGUGUGUGUGUGUGUGUAUAUAUACAUACAUUCACACACUAAGUAGUCAUGGGAGGGAAGAAUGCUUGCAACGAGAGAUGUUUACGUCUGUUGCUAGUGCAGAUGUAAAUUAUACACAGCGUUCCAGGCUUCCAAUGUCGCAUUUUCUGAAGGUGCAACUUGCCCCCAGCACACAAUUAAAAAUAACUCUUGGUGUGCACAAAUCCUGCACAUCCAGACUCCUACCACCAUGACCACUUCAAAUCACAGUUAGCCAUUGAGGGGUUGAAGUAAACCUUUUAAAGGAAUAAAAGAAAAAAUAGAAAGAAACAUGAAACAUACAAUAUAGACAUGACCCAGUUGCCAAUAAUCAAUAUUCCCUGUAGCUAGUAACCUGGCAUCCCUUGUAUGAAAGAUUUUAAUAAUUUAAUGUUACACAUUUUAAUAUUUGACAUUUUGUGUUGUGCUCCUAUGUGUAAUUAAAAUGAGAUGUUUUAGGGUCCUAAAUGAGAAUAGAACAUGAUUGAGCACUAUAGGCUGGUUGCAUGUGAUUCUUUUAUAUAUGAAGAAUGUUUGCCCUCUUUAAUUUUUUUUUUUUUUUAAUACAGCUGUCUAUGGGGUUUGUUGAUGAGCUUUGACAUAAUUAAAGGAAUACUAUAGGGUCAAAACCACAAACCUGUAUUACUAACCCUAUAGUGUUAAAAACACAAUCUAGCCCCUCUGCAUCCACCCCUCUCCCCCCCUUUGCUUCCCUAAAUAUAGUAAAAUUUUACUUUUAUUCCAGUCUGCUUCUGCUGACUCUGCCCCUGAUCUGCCUGCUUGGAUAAAAUCAUCAAAAGUGUUGUUCUGUGCCAAUCACAAUAUUUUCCCAUAGGAAAGCAUAGGAUUGGCUGAGACUGUCAAUGAGGCAGAUCAAGGACAGAGCCAGCACAAACCAAAUCACAGCCCUGGCCAAUCCGCAUCUCCUCCUAGAGAUACAUUGAAUCAGUGCAUCUCUAUGAGGAACGUUCUGUGUAGCACUGCCCCAGGAAGCAUCUCUAGGAGUGAACAGUGUAGGUAACCCUAGGCUGUAAUGUAAACACUGCAUUUUCUCUGAAAAGACAGUGUUUACAGCAAAAAGCCUGAAAGUAAUGAUUCUACUCACCAGAACAAAAAUACAAUAAGCUGUUGUUGUUCUGGUGAGUAUAGUGUCCCUUUAAAAAUAAAAAAGGCUAUCUGUAAACUUAGAGCAGCCAACAUUUACAUGCUCAUUGUGCACUUUAGCUUCUUGACUUUUAGAUUUGCAGCAGCUGCAGGAAUAGUUUUUUUUUACGUCUUUUCAAAAGUUUUUUUUUAUUUUUUUUUAAGAACGGAAUAAGGAUGGAAUGUUAAACAGAAAUCAUCUGUUUUGGUUGCUAUCAUAAACCUGCAGUGUUUGUAGCCUUUGAUAUUUCCAAUCAGUAUACAUUUUUAAUUCUUCUUAACUAAUGCUAAUAUUUUUUUUUCCUCACGUUUUUCCAGGUAUUUGCGACGAAGCUGACUUAUCCCCAGCCCGUCACUCCGUGGAAUGUGCAUGAAUUGCGGCAGUUUGUGAUCAAUGGGCCCAAUGUGCAUCCAGGAGCCUCCAUGGUGAUUAAUGAGGACGGCACUCGUACAAUUCUAAAUCCUACAAACCUCAGCCAAAGGGAGGCCAUAGCUAAGCAGCUCCUCACGCCUUCCACUGGCACGCAGAAAAUGGCAGCUAAAAUUGUAAGCAUCUGACUUCCUACUGUAUAGGCUUAGAAGCGAAAAGAGCACAUUUCUGCAAUAGUUAUAUGUAAAUAUCAAGUCUGUACCGCUGCAAAAUGUAAAAUGAUUAAAGGGAAAACAUUAGGGUUAAAAGGGGUUUUCCAUGAGCGUUCGUGUGGUUUUCUGUGAGAGUGUAUUGUAUAAUUGGAGAAGUCUUUGAUAUUUUUUCUAAUAUUCUAAUAAUGAGCUGUUAAUGAGUUCACCCCUUUAUUAUUGGACUGGACGCCAUAAGUACCAUCACAAGCCACACAUUGCAACCCAGAAUAGGAAUCUGGCGCUCCGACCUUUAUCUGUCUGUUAGAAAGGAUAAAUCUAGAGUGCGCAGCCCACGUGGAGAGUGGGGAAAAAGAGGGAAUUGGGCGCACACGAGGAACAGGCAUUUCUAAGUCAUGGUUCUGCCAUAAAGACCAAAAUAUAUACAAAAUACAGAUUAAGGAGCAGCACGCACAAAUUAUAUCGUUUUAAAUCCUACAAAAUUCCAUCCUAGCAACAAACAUAGGGACUCCGUUACACCAUACGGGCCACAUUGCAGUAAACCUUCUGUAAUGUAAGUGGGUAUCCAAAGUGCCCGCUUUCAUGCUGAUGGCACUAAACAGUGAAUUAUGGCGAAUUGAAAAAUAAAUCACGUUUCUGCUUAAAUGGCUCAUUUGGCCCAAAAAAACUUUAGAAAAAAUUCUUUAGUGACAACUUGGCUUUUUUUUUUUUUUUACCUAAAUUUUGCUAUUUGAAAUUUCAGUUUUCUGCAGCUUGCCAUUAAAUUAACAAACUCCCCACGUUUUCUUUUUUUUAAACCAAUUUACCAUUUAAGCAGCACUGUGGCUCGUCAGGGCAGGUUAAAUUAUGUUUUGUAUUAUGAAAUCAAACGUCUAUUAUAUGUCCUGUUUCCAAUCCAUAAAUCUAGCAAAUGAAUAUAACUCUUGAAAUAUUGGCUCUUGGAAACUCAUACCCAGCACUGGCAGGAGUUUUAGCUCUUAAUUGAAAACAGGAUGCUCAUUCAGAAAGCUGGCUACAUUCCAAGAGAUAUUUGAUAAGAUGCUCACCAUUCUUAGAGUAACUGUCAGAAUUCUGUCUAAUAAAAACUGAGAAGGAGCCAGAGUCCUGGUUGUCCUAUGCGAUUUUACACACAAAACUGUAAAUGGAGCUUUCGCUAAGCUGAUAGCAGAUGCAUCGGGGCUGCUAUUAGCUUAUACAACAAUAUCGUUAAUGCUCAUUCUGCAUUUUAGAGCUUCUAAUAGGUAUUGUCUUCUUGUCUGACUUUCUUCUUUCUCCUUAUGGCCACAGGUAUGUCGUCAUGUUAGAAAUGGGGACGUGCUGCUGUUGAAUCGGCAACCUACCUUGCACAGACCAUCUAUCCAAGCUCACAAAGCCCGCAUCCUGCCUGGGGAGAAGGUGUUAAGGCUGCACUACGCCAACUGUAAGGCGUACAACGCUGACUUUGAUGGAGAUGAAAUGAACGCUCACUUUCCUCAGGGUGAACUGGGGCGCGCCGAAGCGUACACAAUCGCCUGUACCGAUGAGCAAUACUUGGUGCCAAAGGUAUUUGCCCACAGUUUAUCUGCAGUAUUUUUACACCAUUUUGGAGUUUUUAAAAAAAAAAAGGUUAAGCCCAUCUGUGUUGUGUGUUUUGUUAUGUUGAGUUUUGCCUUUUUCUAGGUACCCAGAGACUAGCAUAGGUGGGUUUUUUUACAAUGCUUUUUGUCCUAUGAAAUAAACACAACAGGGUUUAUUCCAUAAACCGUUAUUAAUAUCAGGUUGAGAACCAACUUAAUUUUUUUAAAAGAAACAUAACUUAAGUUGAUGUCAAGAAUAUUGUAGCUUAACUAUUUAUGGUUAAAUUAUGCAGAUUGUCUCUCCGUUAGACACAGUUGAGGACAAAUAAUAAAAUAAUCCUUCAUCUUCCAAAAAUGUAUAAGACCGCUUUUCAUUUUUAUGUACACUCCUUAGUGGAACAUUAAUAGCUCCAAAAUUUUUUACUUUAAAUGUUAUUAAAAAGAAAAUCUGUAAAUCUAGAUGGAUAUGAGAAUAUUGUAUUGUCUGUUAAUCUGGUACUGUAAUAUGUAUAAAUAAGGUAUUUAAUAUUAGCACUUCAAUUGCUUCUCCCCAAUCAUUAGUCCAUUAGCUUUUACAGUUAGUAUAAUGUUCACUGUGUGGUUCAAAAUGGCCUCCACUUUCCUUGCUCAAGGCUAAGCUCCUGUUUACAUGGUGAAAUGGUGGCCUCCUAUUGGUUCAAGUAAUUCACAAUACACAGGUUCUUGUCACCGACCUAAAACUUGCUUACAAUGGUGUCUCCAGGAACAUCCAGGAACCAAGUUAUUUAUGCUAUUUGCUACUUUCCAAUAAUAUUCUUUAGCCCAUUUACUUCCACAGUUAGUAUAAUGCUCUUUAUGAGGUUCAAAAUGGCCUCCACCUUUCCUUGCUCAUCACUUAGCUAAUGUUUACAUGGUAACAUGGCACCCAUCCAUUGGUUGAAGUUAGCAUUUCUGCAUUUUUUUUUACUUCUUCUAAGGCAUUUUCUUCCCUAUAUGUUUACUUUGUAUUCCCUUCUGUGGUAGGAUGGAACGCCCUUAGCAGGAUUGAUCCAAGAUCACAUGGUGUCUGGUACCAGCAUGACCAUCCGCGGCUGUUUCUUCACCAGAGAGCAAUACAUGGAGCUGGUAUAUCGAGGAUUGACUGAUAAGAAAGGACGGGUGAUUACUCUGCCGCCAGCAAUCCUAAAACCGUAUCCUCUUUGGACAGGAAAGCAGGUAUCUAAAGAAUAUUAUGUACAGAGCACCAACCUAGUCUGCAGCGCUGUAUAAGGAGUAUAAUAGACAUUUAAAACAAAUGUUGUACUGUCUUAAACUCCUGUCUGUCUUUAAUUUACCCUUUGUAUUGCACUUUGGAACGCUUUGUGGUUUUAAAAUUAAAAGUAAUAUAAAUGUCUCAUGACGUGUCCCUACUUGCAUAACGCUCAAUCCAUAGCACUAAACUGCUGGCAUGUUACAGUGAGAUUUCUACUGUAUAUUGUGAUAUCUAAAUGUCUCAUAAAUGUGGAGAUAAAGUGUAAUUUAGUGUUCAGUGUUAAUUUAACUUCUUUAAAUGACUGUCAUUUUCUCACAAAUUCAUUCAUUGAUCAUUCUUAAUCUACAACCCUAAAUGUCAGAUUCCUCAUUGACACAACUCUUAUCUUUUUAUCUUAUCUUUUCUACAUUGUAAGAUCACAGGCCAGCUUACUAAGCAUUUUGCAUAGAAGUGUAUCAAAAAGCCAAACUACAACUCUUAGGCCGGGUUCUCUUAUUUCUGUUAUGUCAGACUGUAAGAAAUAUAUCCCACUGGUUAGUUUGGCACACAAAGCAGAGCGUUCUCUGUGUUCUCAGAGUUCGUAGUAAGAAUAUGCAAAGAGAGCCAAAUAACUGCUUAAUAUCAUGAAGGAAAAAAAGGGGUUCAAUUGAAAAAAUAGAAGUUUCAAGAAAAACCUGAGGAUAGGAAAAUGACUGGCAGAAACUCCAUAAAUAGUGCUUUACAGACAUGGCUUCUUAGAAGUGUCAUUCAGCUAAACUACAACAACCGCCAUGACGUCACAUACAGCAGUGUAAACUGUGUCAUUUUGCAACGAUCCCUUCAGCAAACUGAAUGGAUGCCUAGAGAAUUCCAUUUUUAAAUCUCUGCAGACCCUGCGAUUUGAAGUAAAUAAAAUGUUACCAAAAGCCAUUCUCAUCUGAACAUGGAGAAGUCACAAAACGGAAGUAGAUUGUUUGCUAGAACCAGAAUUGAAUGCUGCCUCUGUCGUUCGGUCGUAUUUUACAGAAUAAUAGUUUCUGUCAGGUAGAGAACCUCUGGGUAAGAGACAUAGGCUGUGCAGCCACUUUUACUGCAGGAGUAUAAUUAGCAAGCAUUUAAAAAGUUAGUCUUAUGAGUUAAUUUAAAGGAACACUCUAAGCAAUAUAAGCACGGAGCUUGCCCUCUUUCUCCCACACAUUGUAAGUAGUCAUUCAGUUUUAGAACUCUUUAACUUCCAGGUACUGUUCUCUGCUUCCAAUACUUUAGACGGAGACCCAGCAACUCCUAAUCAGAAUGGGUCAAUAGCUCUCCUAAGAAGAGAUGAGCAGUACUUCCCAGCAUGCCACUGGCCUUUUCCUCGUCGGCUGCUUAUUUGCUGCCUGUGUAAAUCUCGGCUUUAGAAAUAGAGAAAUAGGGUACUUAAUGACUGAUUUCUUGUAUUUUGCCGUAAUUCUGUCUUGGUUAUGUUUUCAGGUAGUCUCGACCUUACUAAUCAAUGUAAUACCCGAGCACCACAUCCCACUCAACUUGACAGGAAAAGCCAAGAUUCCUGGGAAAGCCUGGGUGAAGGACCCUCCUAGAGCCACUCCAGGAUUCGAGUCGGAUUCCAUGUGCGAGUCUCAGGUAAUGGGUUACACCCAUCAUUGUUUUAUUUAUUCAUCUGAGAUUAGCUCACCCUGAAUCCCCUGCUUUUAAACAACCAGUAAGAGGAGCUGUCACUUUUCAGAUAGUGAUCCUUCCCCAGUCCAUCACCCUGUUAAAAAGUGUUGACGCACUUACUGGGUGGAAUUGAAGUAGAGGUAGGGCUGAGUCAUCUACACUUGUUCCUUAGGUGUGACAAGACAGUCAGAUUUUAUUUUAUUUUUUAUUUUUUUUAAGUUAAAAAAACCAAACAAAUAAUACAAAUCUGGGAAGUAACAAUUCUACUUUAAAUGUUUUUCAGCCCUUUUAACCUGUAUUAAAAUAAAAUGUGUUCGAGUCUCGGGCCCCAUGGGCCAUCUUAAUAUAUUGUAAAAUUUGUAGUUAUCAAACACCUAUUGACCGCUAACAUUUUAAAGUCCUGCUUUAGUGCUUGACCACUCCUGCUCGUACCUUCCGUUCUAGUUAGAAAGGGCUAAUUUUAAUCUCUUGUCCCCAAACUGUCCUGAAUCAGGUUAUCAUCCGGAACGGAGAGCUCCUGUGUGGUGUCCUGGACAAAGCUCACUAUGGAAGCUCAUCCUUCGGCCUCGUUCAUUGCUGCUACGAGCUGUACGGUGGGGAGACUAGUGGGAAGCUGCUGACGUGCCUUGCUCGACUAUUCACAGCUUAUCUGCAACUAUACAGAGGCUUUACCAUGGGUAAGGACAUGGCUCCCUGAAUCGGUUAUGUGUACAAAAAUGAACGAUGGGUUUUUUACCCUUUAAGGACCAAUGAUGGGCUAUGCUAUCAUAACAAUUUCUUCUUUAAGAAACCUAUUUCAAAACUGUAAGUGUCACUGCUUUAAAAAAAGCAGGGCUUCUUCCGAUGAGCAGUAACUCCAUAAUUGAGCCGAGAGCACUUUCACAAUGUAAGAUGUAGCACACACAUCAUGGCUUCUGUUAAUUCCCAGCGACCACAUAUUCAACUUGCCAAAAAAGAAAAAAAUCCGUGACUUCUUAGGACCACGGGACCCAACGGGCCCAGCAAGCAGGUUACAACAAGCACACGUACUAUGUAGUCCACACUUAUGUUAUGUGUUAUGCCUACGAUGUGUUAUGACAAUAUUGUAAGGCUUUGUAACCAUUUUCUAUGUUACUCGUUACACAAAAAUAAAGAAUUUUAUAAAAAAAAAAAAAAAUUUAAAAAAGCAGGGCUUCAAUUCCAACCUUACUAUGCAGACAUUAAGGGGAUAACGGACUCUAAUAUGUGUGUGUUAAGAGUGCACAUCCAUCUCUACAGUUCUGAUUUCACUACCACAUUCUUGUGAAAAAUAAAGUCUUAUUUUUUUUUAUUUUUUUUUAAUCAUAGAAGUUUUUGUUAUUUGCUUUUGGGUUUCUGAGUCUUAAACUAUUGUUAUUGGGGAACUGUGCUUGUGGCAAUAUGCAAGUAUAAAGUAUGGUGCAUGCAGGAAGUGUUCGAACACUAGCACUAGGCUAAUUGGUUUUACUCAGUACUCCAAAACACUGUAUCACAGCGACGCUACAUGCUGGGUCUGCGGAUUAAACCUCCGUUACUUUGCAUAUAGUUCAUUAACAGCGAAUGACAAUGGCUCUCCAAACAUAAAACUUAUAUGAUAAACAUGUGAGUAUUGAGAGGAGUGCAUGAAAUAUAGUACGGGAAAAAGCAAUGCCAACAUGCAUGUAACGAGGUAUUAGAUAUCACCUUCUUGGUAAGGGAGCUAUUGCUGUCAAUUAACUUUCCCAAAACGAUGAUGACAAUACCAGCAGACCAUAUCCUGAGAGCAUGUACAGUCAUCACAAACAGGUCUAUUUACUGAAGACAGAAUUCGAAGUGAAUUUUAAAUCUACGGUCAAAGUGAAAACAUUCUCUAAGUCCGCUGUGCUUUCAGUUUGGCUCAUCUGGCCUUAAAUUUGAAAUUCACUUCGAAUUAACUCUGAAACAACUCUGAAAGUGUGCAGUCUGACAUGAUGCAGUUCAGUCUGCAGAUGGCACUGUUGUCCAAGGAAUAAAAGGUUCGCCUUUACCUGCCAUGGGGUUUAUGACAGGUGAGUUUGAAUCCAUUGUACUCCUCUUGGCAACAUUUGCCUAGCUUUAAUUUUUUUUUUUUUCUUCAUUGAAUCUGGUCCAACACAAUUUUUUUUCUUUCUAUGUUUAGUAAGGUCAUCUGGACAAAAAUAAUGCACUAUAUUAUUAUCCUACUGUAUGCUGGCUCUGUUUCAGCCUUUCAGUGCUUGAUAAAUAUAUUUGUACGGAUUUAUCAAAUUUUGUUAUGCGUUCCUGUUUUACCUCGUUUCGAAGUUGUAUGAAUUUGUCGUGAAGUCUUGGCCAAUGGGCUUUUGUUCUGCUCCUGCAAAUUUCCCAAGGUUUUCUUCGUUCUCAUAUUAGAUGUGGCAUUGGGUGAAGUUACCUCAGUUCCUUUUCUUUUGAUCAUGAACUUUACACAGAUAUUGUUAUUGGUUUGUAGGAGUGGAAGACAUUUUGGUCCGUCCCUACGCCAACAUUAAAAGACAGAAGAUGGUGGAAAAGUCUACACACUGUGGUGGGCGUGUAAGUGCCAUUCGUUUUUGGUGUUCUGUUAUAGUAUCCCUUCUACAUCCCCUAGUUCUGUUGCUGCAAUGAUGUGUUCUAUACUGUUCUCUCGUUGAGAUAAACUGCCCUAUUGUAUCGGUAGGCUGUCCGAGCUGCAUUCAAUCUGUCUCAGAGUUGCACUGAUGAGGAGGCCCAAGGAAAAUGGCAAGAUGCCCAGCUCAACAAGGACCAGAGGGAUUUUAACAUGGUGGACCUGAAAUUCAAAGAAGAAGUCAACAAGUUCAGCAAUGAAAUCAACAAGGUCAGUUUAUUUGUACUUUCCAUCCCCCCGGCCCCUUCCCUCCAAGCUGCUUCAUCGAGAUGAUGGAAGUUGCCACCUGAUUUGGACAGCAUUGGUCUUUCUUUCCUAUAGAUUGUUAGCUGAUUUUUAUACUUUAACCCCUUAAGGACCAAACUUCUGGAAUAAAAGGGAAUCAUGACAUGUCACACAUGUCAUGUGUCCUUAAGGGGUUAAACAACUUAAAACUUUAGCUGUUUUAAGUGUUAAACUCUAUCAGAUCAGUAUUGCUUCAGACCUGAGGAAGAGAGGAAAACUCUCGAAAGCUUGUCUUUGAAAUAUUAUGUUAGUCCAAUAUAAAAAAGGUAUCAUUGCAUACGGUAAUACUCUGGUAUUUUGGCUAUAUAUAUAUAUACAUUAUAUGUACUGGUACAAACCCCCAUGCCCUUAUAAGUCUGAAUUAAGGUCUCUUAAUACUGAUGGGUGUCCAGAGCGGUGAUUCGUUUCCCCAAUUUGUGAGAUGCUUUCAUUAUAUUUUUAGGUCUGUAUGCCUCUCGGCCUCCACCGGCCCUUUCCAGAAAACAACCUUCAGCUGAUGGUCCAGUCAGGCGCUAAGGGAUCAACUGUGAACACUAUGCAGGUACGAUCCUUUACUAUAUCCACCCAGAAGGUGUUGGCAGUGGCAGGUAAAGGCUUAGCUGGCCUGAUGCAGAUCUUUUUGAUAAAUAAUCCUUUUUCAUAUAUUAUUCUACAGAUUUUUUGAUAAUUUUUUUUAUUAUUUAUAUAAUUUUGUCCUUCUUCCAUUAUUCACAUAACGCAAUCACUUUCUACUUCACUAUUUAUACACAUUGCAAGACUCAGCUGUCUCUUCCACCACUCGAGUGAUUACAGCUGAUGGCCAGGUGGUGGCGCUCUGGAGAGGUGUCUCAGUUGGUACAUAGCUCUCUAGUGGCGCUGGCCUAUUGACAUAGUGUAUUUCUGUAGUGGUUUCAUUGAUGCACAGAUCACCUUAGAAACUGGUGUUUAACAUACCUUUAAAGAAUCUAGACAAAGAGAAGGCAACCUUCAGUGCUACUGAUGUUAUGGACUACAUCUCCCAUCAUUCUUUGUAUUAUGGCUGAAAGAGCAUCAUGGGAGAUAUGGUCCAUAGCAACUGCAGAAAUGAGAUAAAUAACGCAUUCAAUAUCCUAAAGCGCUUUCAUGUUUAAAGAGUCCCUGCAUUACCACGAUGCCUUGUUCUCUGUAGAUUUCGUGUUUGCUGGGUCAGAUUGAGUUGGAAGGUCGGCGCCCGCCAUUGAUGCCUUCUGGGAAAUCUUUACCGUGCUUUCAGCCGUAUGACUUCACGCCAAGGUCUGGGGGUUUUGUGACUGGCAGAUUUCUCACUGGCAUUAAACCUUAUGUAAGUAAUUCAUUUAGAUAUAUAUAUAUAUAUUUUUUUUUUUGUAUUUAGGAUUAUGGUGGAAAAUAACCGUUCCGAAAUUUACAUCACUUGCGAACACACCAUGUUUCUGGCAGUGGUUCGCAGAGUUGGGCUCCCAUAACAGAGCAGAAGGCUCACUACUUUGCCUGGUUGAAUAUGGGAGUAAAACACCAGCGGCCAAUUUCUGACCUGCAAGGAUGUACAGUGUGCUGUGAUUUAUAUAUUCACGCAGAUCAUUUGGCUCAUUUGCAGGGGUAUAUUUCUAUCUGACAAUUUAGUGGAGCUUUUUAAAACAUUCAUUAAACAUUCAUUAAUACCAUUUACUAAGGGUGAUAUUACCCAGAUCAAUGAUGUAAUGGUAACCUACCAUUCAUGGGGUAACCAAUGGUAUGCCAACCAGUUGGAUAACAGGCAAUAUACCAUUGAGCUGGGUAAUAAGGGUAAUACGCUGCCUUUGUACCCCAUGGCAGAACAAGGGAAUGAUGCCCUUGGAGCACAGAGUCCACAUUGGAGAAAAUAAAGCCAAGAUUCAUAUGUUGUAUGUGUAAUAUACAUAGCUGUAAUAUGUAUGUGAUUUUAUGUAGAAACCAUCUUCUUAAAUAAAUGUACUUCUUGCUGAAGACCAAUAUUAAAAAGAGGUUUGUGCAUGAGGAUGAUACGUGUUAUUUUCGCAGCUCCUUUGUCGUUGAAGAAAAGCUAGACAUUGACCCAUUAUUGGGUAACAUGCAUUUUUUUUUUUGGGGGUGGGUGGGAAGGGGGGUGGUUGGUUGUUUUAUUUGUUUUGUGUUUGUGUUUUUUUUUUUUUCCUUUCUUAUCAAUAAAAACCAAAACAAUGUUUCUUUUUCUAUAUAAAUGAGCAGUAUACUAAUGAUCUGGCUAAUAAUGCCCUUUUAUUCCCAAUUUUCCCAAUAACUGGCAUUGACUGAUUCCUCGCUAUUGAAUGAUUAUUAAUUUAUUGUUUCCCCCUAGGAAUUCUUCUUCCAUUGCAUGGCUGGGAGGGAAGGUUUGGUUGACACUGCUGUGAAAACCAGUCGCUCUGGGUAUCUCCAAAGGUUGGCAUUGCUUCUCCACUUACUCAUUCUAUUAGUUCGGAUUUUACUCUAUUAUUGCCAUGGAACAAGACCACUUGGAUCUUGUGUAUUCAUUUUUUCUCCCCAACCCUUGCACCGGUCUCUUGUCCUUUCUCCUUUCCAGAGUUUAGAAUAUUAUUAUUAAUCUCGUUCUCUGAUUCUUGCUGUUUGUAAUCGAGAUCUGGAAAGAGAUCUGUGCUGCUUCAGUCACAUAAUUAUUUUGUUCUUGCUAGACCACAUGGUAUUGAUGGAGUAGGUGGGGGUGCUUUAGUGCCCAGGACUUGGUUAGCAUGUGUUGCACAUAAUGUGACAUCUAUGACUGUUAUCCACUCUCCCAUGAGCAUUGGAAAAAAAGGCUAACCUGCACUCUUUAAACUAAAACUAUUGGGGCGUUCCUUCCUGGGAGACCCUGAUCACCUUGCAGGUAUAAAGGGUGGUGGUGAAAACAUGGUGGGGCUUCACGUUGUUCUAGCGACACACCUCUGUUUUUUAAUUUUGGUACUGCUGGCAACUUUAAUAUUUUACGUAUCCCAUAUCAACCUUUCCCGAUGUGUGCUCUCUAAUGACCCGACCCUUUCGUGCAGGUGUGUGAUCAAACACCUGGAAGGUCUGGUGGUUCAGUAUGAUCUGACUGUGCGGGACAGCGAUGGCAGCAUUAUCCAAUUCCUGUACGGUGAGGAUGGCCUGGACGUCCCGAAGACUCAGUUUCUGCAGCCGAAACAAUUCCCCUUCAUUGCAGAUAACUAUGAGGUAAGACAUGAAACUUUAGGCUUUGUUAACUUGAAUUAAACUCCCACCCAUUUGUGAGUUAGUGUUUCUUCCUUCCAUUCAUCCAGCUGGGUCACAGUCACAUUAAUAGGAAAUAAUUGCAGUGUCAUAUAAUAUAUAUGUGUGUGUGUGUGUGUGUAUCCCAUAAUUCUACCGUUCAUUUCACUGAUAGACCAAGGAUUGGCUGUGCUUUCUCUGUCACUAAUGGAUUGGGGUCAGCGUUGUUGUUGGAUGAUUAAGGGAAUUUGCUGCAGGAGAGAUAAGUUAAAGAUAAGUUAAUGAAGUUGUUCUGGUGAGUAUAGUCAUUCCCAGCAGGCAUUUUCACUGUCUUCAGAGAAAAGGCAGCAUUUACAUUGUUCCCUAGGGACACCUCCAGUGGCAACUCCUCAGAUGGUCACUGAAGGUACUUCCUGGGGCGGCAGUGAUGCACAAUGAGUGAACAUUCUUCAUAGAGAUGCAUUGAUUCAAUGCAUCUCUAUGAGGAGAUGCUGAUUGGGCAAGCCGGCAUUUUCGCUACUAAAAAAGAGUGGACAUACCCCAUUUUGAAUACCGUGGGUUGUCUACUUUAAAAAAAAAUUAUAUGGUUUGAUGGGGGGGUAAAUUACAUUGGCCGGCUUCAAAAAUGUCCCAAAUAGGACAUGGGUGCAUGAUGACCAGCUGUGAAAAUUCCAAGUUGGUAAAGUGGAAUGCGCACCCAUUUUAGCCCUCAGAGAACCAGACACACCUAUACAUGGGUGGUAUCACUGUACUCAGGAGAUGUUGCUGAAAACAUAUUGGGGUGUUCUUUGGCACCAGCCCUUAAAGUUCUCCGUACAUGUAUUUUUAAAUUGCUAUGUGUGUCAAAAAAUCACCAAUUAUUAUUUUUAAUUUUUUUUUAAUUUGGCAUAGAUUGGUGGUAAAAUGGUUGUAUGAAUAGAGUCAAAAUACCCCAAGUUUAAUACCUUAGGAUGUCUUCUUUUAAAAAAUAUAUAUACAUGUGAAGGGUUAAUCAGGGAUUCCUGAUAGAUAUCAGUGUUACAAUGUAACUGAUUAUUUAAAAAAAAAAAAAAAAUGGUUUGGAAAUAGCAAAGUGCUACUUGUACUUAUAGCCCUAUGACUUGCAAAAAAAAAAAAAGCUAAAAAUAUAUUAACAUUGGGCAUUUCUAAACUCAGGACAAAAUUUAGAAACCAUUUAGCACGGGUGUUUUUUUUUGGCGGUUGUAGAUGCGUAACAGAACAAAGUUAGAAAAAGUGUUUAAAUUUUUUCAUUAUAUUUUAGUACAUUAUAUGAUAAGAUGAAAACAAUGGUAUCUUUAAAAAGACCAUUCAAUGGCGAGAAAAUAGGUAUAUAAUAUGUGUGGGUACAGUAAAUGAGUAAGAGGAAAAUUACAGUUAAACACAAACACCGCAGAAAUGUAAAAACAGCCCUGGUCCUUAACGGUAAAAAAAUUGAAGAGAGGUCUGGUCAUUAAGGGGUUAAUUACACUUCAGAAAGUCUUGAGCAACAACAUGUUGUGCUUUUGGUGUCAAUAAGACAAUAGGUAAAAGUUUAAUCAUGUGCUAUGAGACAUUGCUGUAAAAUUUGUAUUGUGCUUCCUGUCCUUAUAAAAUUCACACCUUGUGAACAAACCGCUCUUUGAUGGUUUAAUAUAUUUGUUUUUGUGUAAUAUCUUGGAUAGUAUAUUGUAAGUAAAGGUUCUCGGUUCCAUCAUGUGACUUUGUACAUCUCGGGUUAUCCUGGAUGUGUGUCCUUUUGACAUAUGACAUAGUAUUGUCCAGACCAUGUACUUUCACAUCAUUUAGAUAUAAUGAAAGUACGGUGUCUUUACUCUAACACUUCAUGCUAUUAAAGGGUCCAAGAGACCCUUUUCUAUCAUGAAUAUAUUUUAAUUUCGUAUAACCGAUUGGGCACUAUUAGCAUGUCCACCUCUUUUUAUUUAAAAAAAAAAUUUUUUUAUAUGAAACAUAACGAUAAAACGUACUUUUGAUCCAGCGCUGGGCGAGGUCCUUCCACACCCUGUCUGUCACACAUCAUUAUUUUUUCCCUCUCCAUGGUCCAACUAAAUGCUUCUCACAGUGAAGCAUUUGAUUGUAUCAUUCUCAAGUCUCUGAGCACUGGGAGGGGUGGGAGGAAGUGGGGAGGGACAGAGAGAAGGUGAGUAGAAGGGGAUUAUUUAAAGAAUAGCUCUAAAUGCAGGGAAUCUGGGAGGGAGCACACAUAGAGUAGGAAGGAGGAGAGAUCAAGACUUCCUCUUGCAGGCGCCCUUCCUGCCUGACGUCUGUCACCUGCACGCAAUAUGUGCUGACAAGACUAGAUUUUUGCUCAAAAUUGAUAUUUGUUCCGGGCUGUCUGUUACGUGUGCCGUGGAUUUCAAGCAGAAACGCUGUAUGUGCAGAUUGUUUCCUUUUAAAGCAGAAUUGGUCAUGGAGGCUGUUGUUAAGGACACAUCUAUUUUGUGUAAAACUUUCAUCACAGUUUUUUCUCCACAACCAUUUUUUUUUUUUUUUUUUAAUGAAAACAAUGCGAUUACUAAAUAAAAAUAAAUUGGGAUUUAGUACGAAAACUAUAGCGUAAAUGAAUGGCAUUUUCGACUAGAUUACACUAGCAGCCCAUGAACAGAACGGGAGAUUGACAAUAAAUGCUCAAUAUAUUUACUAAAGCCAUGUCUUUGUUUUGAGGUAGCCAAGCAUGACGAAAACACUGCAUCUGUCUCUUAACACAAAGCAUGUCCACGAAUCUCGAGUUAAAAAUGCAUGCUCGAUAGAUGAAACAACUGGAAUUUAAGCGCAAAAGGACUGCAAUGGUGGAAGACUUUAUCGAGCCAAAAUAGUGCAUAAAACAUCAAACAGUGUGCCAACAUACAGACGUUAUUCAUACAGCUUGAAACGUGCUUAUUACGCGCCAGAUUAUCUCCACAUGUACUGCUUGCCCCUCUGUCCGUAUCUCCCAGUGAGUGGAUGCUCCAGGGGCUUCCAAGAUAGAGCUCAGUCAAAGCGCUCUACGGUGGUCAUUUGGUUAACUUCACUUUAGGGAAGCAUAUUGUCGAUGUGACCUACACCCGUGGGUACAUGUUUGUAUACAUAUAUUGCCAUGCACAACGGCUGUGUUGCACAGCUCUGUGAGGUUUGUAUAUUGUGUUUGUGUGUGUGUGUAUAUCUUGUGUGGGGGGGGGGUAGGGUGGCAGACAUGCUGGCUAUUGGUUAUUUACAUAAAAAUAAAAGCUUUUUUUAUUUUGUGUGUUUUGUGACGUAUGUUCCUUGAUUAUAUGUGCAGCACGGUGACUCACAGAUAGAAACUAAUCUUUUUAUGAUGUUUGCGCUUCUUGCUGGCAAACCCAUCAACCGAAGUAACCUUUGAACAAUUUUUAGAGAUUGGUCCUUUUUGAGUUUCAGGGGUCGAUAUUCGUUACAGCUUUUAAAAUCCGUUGUAUCUGACAGGGACAGAUGUUAAAGUAUAACAUUUUGCUCUGUAUUCCUGAUCGAACUGUGUAAUCUCUAAACUGUAUAAUCUACUUUGUCACAUGAUGGUCACUGUUUUGGAAACAUUCAUAUCAACCACUGUGUUAUUGUGGGAUCCAGCUAGCAACUGUUGCAUGUUUUAUUACAAAACAAAUAAAACGAUCAAAUACACUUAUGUUGUGUUGGUGCUGAAAGUGUGCCUGGAGGAUCCUUUUAACGUUAAUAUCUGUUUAAUGGACUUAAAAUGUAUUCAAAGGAGCGUUCUGGGCACUGUAACACAUAACGAUGAAGUUGUCAUGGUGCUCGCGGGUAAUGAGCGCCAUGUCUUUUUCACUCUCUUGUCAGUGGGGAGUUACUGAUAGGCUGAGAGCAUCGGAUGAUUCUCUCAGCCCGUCAGUGGCACCCAAUCAGAGGCUUCCUGAGUGAAGCCUCGGACAUUGAGAGGAAGUAAAAGGAGGUUGGGACCUCCUCGCACUAUACCAGCUUUAUUGUGAUUAAGUUGUUAUGGUGCCCAAAGGGGCCUUUUAAGGCUCUCAGUGUGUUCAAAGCAGAGCUAGUAUUGUUAUGAAUUUUUUUCUGUAAUUGAUAUAACCCACUGAGUAAACCACACAGAAGUAGUUGUCCUAUUUUAUGUACUUUAAUUUCUGGAAUUGGAAAAAACUGUAUACACGUUAAAAUUGUAAAAAAAUUUUCCACAAUUUUAAGUUCAAUAUAAAAAUAACUUUCCAUUGAAUUAAACGACGUGUAAUAGAUAGUUUUCUGUUAUUUUAAGCUUGGUGACCCAUUACAUGUUUGUCUAACCCAUAAGACACCUGCUGCUUCUAUUGCAAAUCAUAAAAUAUUUAUAUUUCUACCCCUUACCCCCCAUACGCAGGUCAUUAAGAAGUCUAAACGGCUGGAUGAAGUGCUGUCCAAGAUGAAUUCUGAGCAAGCAAAUCUUCAUAGUCAGACCAUCAAAAAAUGGAGGGCAAAACACCCGAAUCCAUCGCUGAGGCUUAGCCCCUUCUUACUCUUCUCACAGAAGAAAAUGGCUGCAGCUAAAGCGUCUUGUCCAGAUGGACAGAAUGAGAAUGGCCGGGGUCCUGCAUCUAAACUGGUAUGGCAUAUACCAUGGUGCGCAAAUAGUUUAAAUAUACAUGAAAAAAGAGAGCACUCACUGGAUUUUGUUUUCGUGUGAAUGUAUAAGAGGCAGAGAGAGAUUUAUAUGUGUGGGAGUACAUGUAUAUAUAAACACAGAAAUACAAUUACACACAGAUAUAAUAUUUCUGUUCUGCUUCAUCUGCUUAUCGCACACUGGGCUUUGGGAAGUCCGCCUUGGACACAUAAAUUGCAAGAAAUCAGGUUUAUUCGCUCAAGUGAGAAUUGCUGGGAAUUCCAAAGACAAAGGUCAAAAUAGCCAAACUGGAAAAAGAAUUGACUUGGAGGAUUUAUCUUAAUUUGUCUGUAAUGGCUUACAUUAGAAUUCCCGGCAGUUCUCACUUCAGUGAAUAAGCCUGUAUGUUUCCACAACUUUCCCAGAAUUCCAAGCUUGACAUGCAGACGUCUUGCUGACCAAAACUGCCAUCGUGCUCCCAACACCCAAAACCGUGAAAUUGUACAUAUAUAUUAUGAUGUGUAUUUUGUUUGUGUGUGUAUAUAUUAUGCACACACACAACAAACAUAGAAUAUAUAGCAUGUCAUAAAAAUAGGAAUACCAAGAGGUGUCAAAAGUAAUUCCAACUUUAGCAAUACUCAAAGCUAAUCUUUGUGUGUGUGUGUGUGUGUGUGUCUCUCUCAUCUACCUUGUGUCUCAUCUCUUUUUUUAUUUUCUGUCUCUUUAUGUGUAAGUGUGAAUUCAGUGAUGUUUUAUCAUGGUGUGUAUGUGUGUGUGUGUGUGUGUAUAUAGAUAAAUUAAAGUUUGUGCUUUUUGGUGUGCAUGUGAAUGCAGUAUUGCUUUUAGAGUGUGUGUGUGUCUUUCUGUCUGUCAAGCUUUAGCAUUUGCCCACCAUGUGUUUACUGCCAGCCUUCUCAAUUCCUGUUCUCUUGAAAAUGUUUGUUACAGCUGUUGGAUACGUGGUAUUCUCUCCCAGAGAAGGCUCGAGGCAAAUAUUCUAAAAAGUCUUCUCACAUCCCUGACCCCUGCCUGGCAGUCUGUCGCCCAGAUACUUAUUUUGGAUCAGUCUCGGAAACAUUUCAGGACAAGGUCGAUCAAUAUGGCUUCCAAUGGGAAGAGAAAAGGAAAAACAGCUAUGAGAAAUCCAACCUGUCUUAUGACAAGUAAUUUUUCUUUUUCUUAUUCACAUUUUAAAAUCAAGCUAUUAAAGCCAGAGCUAUUAACAAUACUUUGAACUUGCUGUCAUUUUUAUAAGGUAUUAAAACCAGUAGUUAGUUUUAUUGAAUUGAAUUGAAACUUGAAUCAAUGAUAUAAGAACUCUGUACUUUUGCUAUUGGUGACAAGCGCCAUGUGUCAUUGCCUAAUGGUACCGUACGUUUGUACAGUCUCAAGUACUAUAUUCUAUUGGCAGUAAAAAUAAAUGCUUUUCUUUUUUUUUGCUAGAUUUAAUAGCUUCUGCAAUGACAACAUCCAUUAGUUACACUUGUCUAGAAUAGCCUUCCCCAAACUCCGGCCCUCCAGAUGUUGCUGAACUACAACUCCCAUGAUUCUCAGCCUAUCUAUUUCAUUCAUAGAAUCGUGAGAGUUGUAGUUCAGCAAAAUCUGGAGGGCCAGAGUUUGAGGAAGCCUAGUCUGGAAGAAGUGUCCUACUGACUGUGCAGGGGUUCUGACAUAGAAUUAAGGGACACUAUAGACACCAGGGCCUCUUAAUCUAAUUGAAGUGGUCUGGGUACAGUGUCCCUGUCCCCUUAACCCUGCAAUAUUUAUAUUGCAGAGUUAAGACUGCCUCUAGUGGCUGUCUACCACUAUUGUGUUUAACACUAAACUUACUUUCAUUUCAAUGUUUGUUGCUUAUCUUGCAUCACGUUAACUAAUGGACCGGGGUGUGUGAUUAUUAGCUACAAAUUUAAAUCAUUCUCGUGGACUUUGGCUCCGUUAAAAACCAAUGAAUACUGCAUAUAACUUAAUGUGUAUGUUAUUAAAAUGUGCUAGCAACUCCAUGUUGGUUUUGUUUUUCCCAUUUCAAUCAAGGGAAGUUUUUAAAUAAAUUUUAUGACUUUUUUUUCCAUCUGACAGUUUGAGGACGUUGCUGCACCUUAAGUGGCAGAGGGCCCUGUGUGACCCAGGAGAGGCGGUGGGACUCCUGGCCGCUCAGAGUAUUGGGGAACCAUCCACCCAGAUGACCUUGAACACCUUUCACUUUGCAGGCAGAGGAGAAAUGAAUGUCACGCUAGGUAUUCCAAGGUACGUAGAUUCUAAAAAGCAACAAUCUCAUUGGCUGUUCAUGUUUCUGUUCUUUUGGAAUGCUCCAUUAAUAGUGCCUGUUUUAAGGGUUAACUGAUUUAAUUUCGAAAAAUUGUUUGUUUUCCUCCACAAUUUAUUAAUGAUAUUAAAUAAAUAAAUAAAUUGUGAUUUCAGUGUAUCUUUCAAGGUACUUAAAACAGUCACAUAUUUAAAUACAUUUUAUGUAUUUAUUAUUUAAUUUUAUUUACAACACUGUGGAUUCCCCUUACACCACCAAUCUAAUAUAGGAGGGAGGAGAAAAAGCAAUAAAACAAAACGUAGCGGUCCGACACUGAAAUGUGGCGUGCUCAAUAUAUUGGGUGUCCUACAACUACAUUCUGUUUUGUUUUAUUGUAAUGACUUGCAAUUCAGGCAUCUGCAAAUCUUACACAUUUUAAAGAUUGUGAAGAAAAAUUAAAUAAAACACAGCUGACCUUAAUUGACACUCUGACUCAAAACCUGGUCAGCACACUAUCACCUACAUUUUCCCAGUCUUUAUCAUGCAUUUCUGUAUUGCCCCUUCUGCCUGUAUAUUAACCAUGCAACUGUGAGCAUUAUCAAGUGUGUGUGUUUCUGUGUCUGUGUUUGUUCUCUCGUUCCACUAGCCAUUGGCAGUUGAAAAUUGUAGCUCAGUGUAUAUAUUACACUAAUGUGUGGGCGUCCCCACCAUCUGCAAGCUGCCAAUAGUUUAUUUAAAAAAUAAAUAAUUAUUUCAAUGUGUGAAAUUUUGUACCCGGCUGGCUUGCACAUGUGAGUUUCUAUACAGGGGUUCUAGUGACGAAUAUAAGGACAUGUGCAUGUUCUCUGAUUCUCCCACGUUCUCAACCCGUUCCAUAAUUCGAGAAGGUGGAUUAUAUCCCUGGGAAAAGCUGCAGGCAAAAAACUGGACGAGGAAAAGUAGUCCCCUUCCUCAUUACCUAUGAUGGAAUGCAGCAUACAUGGGUGGUAAAUUCAACUUUGCAGCCCUGGAAUUUAUUUUGGUGGCAGAGGGGGGCUACAGUUGAUUACAUUAUAUUAUUUCUUGGUAUUUUGGAUUAUUUAAUCUUGAUAAGAACUGGAUGAUACUGAGCCCCACUUUGAAAGUGAAUUACACAGUAUAUUCAGUAGGAUUAAAAACCUGUAGCAGGGGCAAACUCUUUAAAAUGUCCUUCCAGACCAUGGUUCCUGGGUUAUAGGCAGCAUGCUGACACAGAGAGCCCCAAGAUGGCAUCUCGAUGGCAAAACCCACUUCAACUCCUCAGUGGAGGAUGACCUAGGUACAUUGGAUUAAUUACCCAUGCCAAUAGCCUUCCUUCACCUAUAGUAACCUAAGAUUUUUCCUCUCUUUCAAUGAAAGGGGAUGUUCUUAACCUCAUGAAGAACAUCCGUACAUCUUUCAUUUCCAACCUUGAUGUGACCAGGGGCUUAUCAAUUUAAGUCAACAGAGAAAGGAUGUUACCACUACUUGACAACAACAGCCCGCACAGGUACAACAUUUUUGGGGUCUUUUGGGCCCCUGGAGACAAAAUGCCUAUGGUAGCCAUAUGAGUGACAAGACCCCUCUUUAGCUUGAAAUUCUUCAACUCUGCCUUCUUCAGGAUCUCUGCAGAUCCAUGCUGAUGCUAAGGGAAACCCUAUCCUUUAUCACCAAGCUGCUGAGGGACUCCAAAAUCUGGUAAAGAUGGGGACUGAAUAAAUGCCUCCUAGCUGAUGCAUCUGGGUCCCAACUGACGCUUACCUCGGUUUCAGAAACUGCAGCAUUCCUUCAGGCCUGCGGGCUGUCUCAUUGUCCCGGGACAGUACCAAACCUUCUACUUCACAAACUUGGAACCCAUCAAACGGUUUGUUCUGCAACAGUCUGGAGUUGUUGGGUGAAAUUUACAGAGAUCUCAAUCACUUUUUACUCUUCGUUAUACUUCUGUUUGGUUCUACAUAGUUUUUCUCAGAGGUUAUUGAGCACCUUACGUAACCACUGUUGCCCCUAUUGUGUUCCCUUAAUAGUAUUAAUCCAAUUUUGGGCAAUGUUACUUAUGCUGGAUCUCAGAGAUAUCCUAAUUUAUAAUUCUCCUAAUUACUACAGUUCUGGUGAUUCCAAUAGAGGUGAACCCUUAGUAAUGUCGACUCAUAUUUUCAUAUUUUCUUCCAUGUUUGUUUUCUCAUAAUUUCCCUCACGACCUUUUACUUGUUCUUUUCAACUGAUACCUUUUACUUUUCUAAUCUUAUAAACAUGCAUUGCAUUUUCCUGCAUCACUUGGCUACAUUUCUCAUAUUGGCACUCUCCUUAAAUUAUUUCCCUGUAUUAAAAUGUGGUACUGGUUUUCUUUUAUGUAAAUGAUGCCAGAUAUUUGUCUUAUUGCUACCUUUGUAUCAGUGUGUCUAUGUAAUCUCUUGAUACCAGUUAGUAUAGAAAGACUAUCACAGAAAGCUCCAUACGGCACAUCCCAUUGUAUUCUAACUUAUACCUGUGACCGUGUACAGGUCUUGCUCUGAAAGCUGGCAACAUUCUCAUGAUUUGGAAGAAUCCCAAACUAGUGUCUCUGGUUUAUACAGUGUGCCAGCAAUUAACCUGGCCGUUUAUUAUUCCGUGUGUGUGCCUUGAUAACUUGUCGUUUGUAUUAAUAUUUUUUUUUUAUUUUUUUUUUUAUAUCUGAAAAUCCAAAUUACACAUUUUGCUGUCAUUUAACCUCUAAAUACAGAUACAAUCCGUUAUAUCGGACCAGCAUAUUCCGCAGCACUAAAUACAGAAGGAGAAUGUGAUUGGGCGUUAGCAUUGCAUAAAAUGCAAUCAGGCUGGCAGAUCACAUGGUUCUAGAUUAUUUGCGAGAUCCCAGAGGUGUUCUUGGUUGUGCUGGUGUCUAAACUUGACCUCCAGCUUUGUCGGCUGGCAGAGGAUUCUGGGAAAUGUCAUCAUCCAGCAGCUAGAGAAAUAAAAUCUCUUGCUAAUUCUGAGACCUGGAGAAAUGCAAUGGGAGCUCUUAGAUGUUUUAGUGGUUUUGUGCUCGGUGUAAAUAUUUGCAUAGACUCUCUUUCUGUGCUUUUCUCUAGUGUCCACUGAAGCUGCCAGCUGCCUGGGCUUGUUCUAAGGCAGUGAUUCCCAAACCAGUUCUCAUGGCCCAGGAAACUGUCCAGGAUUUAUCUAAUCAACCCCAGUGGAGAUACUGACUAAGCCUGGACUGUUAUAUGUCCAUUAGGACUUGUUUGGGGACCAAUGUUCUGCAGCUUAGCAGCCCUUUCAUGAUGGAGCAAACAAGUGACUAAUAUGGAGAUUGAUGAGCCCAGUUCCAUGUUUUUGAAAGUUUUGAAGUUCAGGGGUUUAUGAGAAUUCUGAAGAGCCAGGACUGGAGAUUAAGGAUUUGUAGAAUCCUGAGUGAGGAAUGAUGGAUGCCAGCAGCGUGUAAGAACCUGGAGAACAUUUAAACGAGAUUGGCAAAGGAGAUGAAACCUGCACAUGAUCAAAGGGGUAUGAUGACUCAGAUGUCAUCAUAUAUUAUUAUAAUUAUGUAUAAAACGCCAACAAAUUCUGCAGAGCUGUAUGGUUUAUUGGCCAUCAAGUUUUACGUGGUUUUAUAAAAAAAAUUUUAAGGUGAAGGAGGUACUAGAGUUGUCAAAAAAUCCAAUCUUGAUUCAGAUGUUUUUAUAUUUUUAGUUGGUUAAAUCAUUAUUAAUUUAAUUUAAUGUUGUGCGGUUUGUUUGUUUUUUGCAUUUUAUAUCCCUAGUGUGAUUACACCAGGUUGCAAAUCUUGGCAGAUUUAAAAGUAAAUAUUAGCCUUAUGAAUGAUGACUGAUUAGCAUUGGACGGAUGAGCCAGCUGGAUCAUUAUUACAGAUCUGUUUAUAUGGCAUUCUAGUCAGUUUUAUUAGUGCUGUAGAUAUGUUUUACUAUCUAAUUUGGUUUUAAUAAUGUACCUUGGCAGGCCUGGGUGCAAAGAAUUGGAAACGUAGCAGUAGAAAUAAUAUAAUGCAAUUAUGACGUAAGUAGAGUAAUUAAAGUGUUUAAGUAAAGUAAGAUGUAGUAAUAUCACCAGAAUCCAGGCGCUAUCUGCAAUAAAUCGCUAUAUCCUAGCAUCACCAUGUUCCCCAGGUGAUUGAAUUAUAAUGCAGGUGCAGCUGUGAAUUGUGUUUUUAGAUAUUGUAUAACCUUUAAAUGGAUACUCUAAGCACCAAAACAACUUUUGCUUAAUGAAGCAGGUAGGGUGUAUAUAUCAUGCCCCUGCGGUCUCACUGCUCAUUUAUUUGCCCCUGGUGUGACUUACACAGCGUGCAUGAAAACAAAAUGGUUUCAUUGUCAAUUUGAUUUUACAUAACAGAUUGUUUACUUUAGAUAUUCUUAUCUUCUGCUCUUUUUAUUGAACUUUAAUCACACACAGGGGGCUUCAGUAGACUCAGACAAUUAACAGAGUAGGAGAUAAGAAAUUCAAAAUGAAACACACCAUGCAGUAAGGGAAGAUACAAAUUCAGACGUUUUCCCAGGAAGUGUGUAUGGAGACUGUGUCAAUCUCACCCAGGGGAGGUGUGGCUAGGGCUGCAUAAACAAAGUGAUUUAACACGUCAAUGUCAGAGAAUUGAGCAGUGAGACUGCCGGGGCAUGAUCUAUACACCAAAACUGCUUCAUCAAGCUUAAGUCGUCUUGGUGCAUAGAAUGUCUCUUUAAAUAGUGAGUCAGUGAACUAAUUUUAUAAUUGGAGAAUGGGUAUAAUUUUGAUCUCUGUAAAAUAAAAAUUAAAAAGUGACAUUUCUGCUAGUCGAUUUCGAUUGUUUUGAUUGAGAUUUUAAGCUGGUUUGGGCAGAACCCUUUUCACAUACUGUUCCUGUAUACCAUACAUGUUUUGUUAGAAUAAAAUGUUUGUAUUUUUUACCUAUUGUACAGCACUGAAGAAUAUGUUGGCGCAAUAUAAAUAAGUGUGAUUGUUUUCCGCUACCCUUGGUGAAAUCAAUCUUUAAUUUCAUUGAUUUGUUUAUGUUGAUGCCUCUAGAUCAGGGUAGUCAAACUUUUAAUACCUGCCACCCACUUUUGUAUCUUUAUUGAUGGUAAAUUUUCCUUACUGCCCACCAGUGCCGAAGUAACUAAUUUUAUCGCGCAAGCGAAUAUUUAAAACAUUUUUAGAAAGGUACAGUGGGGAAUAAGUGGACAAUGCACAGUUUUUUUUAAAGAGUUGUAAGAUAAGCAUGGUUGUGUUAACAAGCUUGUUCUGUGUAAUUCUGAUCUGACUAGGUCACUUAUGCUGUAGGCAUUUAUCGUACCUUGUUAUGUAGAAAUAGUUGCUUCCAGGGGUGCGCAGGCUUUGUAUAUUUGAGCUUAGUAGAGUAGGCCCCUUUGGGUGUCUAACAUGCCACUGACCCAUAUCGUGUAUGCCGUAUGCUUGUGUAGGUGUGAAAGAGGUGAGCUUGUUAAGAGUGUCAUAUAUGAUGCUCAGAUAUGUGAUUGUUAUGUAAAACAAGGUAUAGAGUAACUAGGCAGGAGUGCAAAGGGUGCGUGCAUGGCAUAACAACAUUAACAUUAACAUCAACAGCUUAUAUUUACAACUUAUGUCUUGUCUUGGGUCUGGAGGGUCUGUAGUGCUCAGUAAGUCAGUACUAACGCGGGCCAUGUUGUGGAGACAGUUUUAUCGCCCGGCUCCGCUGCCUCUUUCCGGCAUUCCGUGGGUGUCCCGUGUAGCGGGCGCAUGUUCUCAGUGAUGUCUCAUGUUCAGCGUUUUAGGUAUGUGACGGUCCCGGUUGUGGAUUGUACUGAUCGGUGCGGUCGUUGGCUGUUGCCGAUUCUUUGUGGCAGUGUGGUGGUUUUAGCCAGUUUAGGCCUGACCGUCCGCCGUCCUCUAGGUCUGUCCUGUCAGGUCUUACCCCUCCUGACUCCGCGGUGGGUUCUGCUGUUCGGCUGGGCUGUCUGUGGUGUAGUGCCGUGGGAGUCCCCUUGGCUUUAUGGGCCUCGUGCGGUCUGUGUUUGGUCACUGCUUUUCUCCGUUUAAGUGCAGUUGGGCUGGACCCUUUUUUGUAAGUGUCCAUUUUGAGAGUGGGGGUCGUCUCAUUCUUCUCUUUGCCCUCACGUGUCUGUCUCCGCAGCGUACUGCCAGGUGAGGCUUCCUCUUGCGGGGACCACAGUAGAGCCUUCCGUUUUUUCCAGACUGCCCUGAACAUGCAUUCAUAUCGGAGCUGUGUCUCCCUCCUGAUUGAGUACAUGGCAGUGGAGUGCGGGCCGCCCGCCAUUUUGCAGGCCUCCUUCGUGGUUCUGUCGCUUGAGCGUUGUGUGGCCGGACGGUCUUACAAGGUUGGACCGCGAUAUCCCCCGCCGGUCCAAGGGGGGUGAAUGGUGGCUCUGAGUCAGGUUGCCCUCUGGUCCCUGGCAGCAGGAGAGCGGCCGCCUCUCCCGCACCCGCUAAGCCAGCAGGCCUCACCCGUGUGUAUGGUGUAGGUCGGGUCGGUUGUCGCUUGAAUUGCGUCCUUUUGUUUGUCCCGGUUUCCUAUGUGCAUCUGUGUGAAGGAUACUGUGUAUGUGUGAAGGGUGUGAAGGGUGCAGUGUGUUUGAGGGGGCAGUCUGUGUGUGUGUGUGUGUGUGUUUGUGAGGGUUGCAGUGUGUGAGGGGGCAAAGUGUCUGUGAGUGAUUGGGCAGUGUGUGUGUGUGAGGGGUGUAAUGUGUUUGGUGUGAAGGAUGCAUAGGGUCUAUGCUGUGUGUUGGUGGGUGAGAAAUUAAAAUCUAUCUUAAUUUCUCCCCCUCCCUUCUUCUUACUGUUUACAUUGGAGGGGGGGACAUAAUGCUGCAAGUCCUGGUGAUUCAGUGUUGGCAUGUUCACUUUAGCCUGCUGCUUGUCCGGGUGCAGGCUCACUCUCCUGUCCUCCUGUGAGCACAGCACUGUAUCGGAAAGUUGCCAUAGUAAUGCAUGGCGGCGCUCCGACCAACCUUCUAACGGGAGGAACACAGAGUGCCCCAGGUUUUGAUCUCCUGACUAGCCCGAGAGGGCUUACAGCAAGGCUGGCUCUGCAUGAGCCGGCAGGUGGAGAUGAAAGGAUCUCCCCUGCCGACUUUGGCCCACGGCCAUUUUCCCAAACUGCCCAGUAGUGGGCGGUAGGGACAAAGUUGACUACUCCUUCUCUAGAGGGAAAUCAUUUCUUUAUAAUGUUUUUACCUAUGUGCAAGUUCUUUGACCCAUAACCUAAUAUAAAAUGGAUGCUAGGGUCAUUUAGAAUGAAGAUGUACAUUGGAGUCAGAGGUUUGCAAAGUUGAUGAUUUUUUUUUGUAAUCUCUAGCACACCUUGUCUGAUUACCACAAUGACAGAAUAGUUUCAAAUAUAUCUUUUUAUUUUAAAAAGUGACCUUUUGAACAAUAUCAUGCUGUAUUUCAUUAUUAGUGUUGACGACACAUUAAUUUGUCGUAUGAUCACGUUUACAGACUUCGGGAGAUUCUAAUGGUUGCCAGUUCCAACAUUAAAACACCCAUGAUGAGUGUGCCCGUCAUCGGCACCAAAAGAGCAUUGAAAAAGGUGAAGAGGCUGAAGAAACAACUAACACGCGUGUGCUUGUCAGAGGUAAGUACACUUCUAUGCCACGUAUGUAAUUCCUCAAACUAUACCAUUGCCAUCAAGGGAGUGGGUUUGAGUGCUGCUGAAAUGGGAAUCCCUUAUGUAAAAGGCCAGCAAAACAAACGCCAUACAGCUGCUUGGAUAUCCCAAGCUAAUUUGUUUGUGCUGGUUUUUGUUUGUUUUGAUAUUUUAGUAUGUUUUUUACAAGAGCUCCUGAGUUAUUGCUGAGUCAUAUGUCCAUCAGCGUGAACUGGAAACUGUGUCUGCUGAACGGACAUCCUGAGACACGAGUUAAAGAAUAUAUCUCACUAGAAACUCAAGGGAACAUGGCAAAGUUAUCUAGAAAGACUGGAAAUAUGAUAUUUUUUGGAGAGCAGGAAGGACCUUCUCAUCCUGUCAGCCUUCAAGAUGCCUGAAAGGGAUAAAGAGACGCACCUUCUUCUGUCAUUUUAAGGCAGCGUGAUAUGACAGCUUGCUAGUAAUACAAAGGAAGGGGGUGCUCUGUGCAAUAUUAGACUGGCGCUUAAUACAGAAUGUAUAUUUGUGUGUGUGUGCUCUCUGCUUACCUAAUAUCUAAACUUAAAAUAAUGUGACACAUAUAUAAUUCGUUUGUAUAAUUACAUACAAAAAUCCUCUAAAAACCCCACAGGGGUUAUAAAAAAGUGGCUAAGUAAAAAAUUAUGUUAAAAAGUGGCAAAGCUCAAAAUCACUAUUAAGACUGGUUGCAAGGCAUUUAAGUUAAAUAUCCACUUCAUUUCUGUUUGUCCCAUUUUUCUAAUAUCAUCAUCUCCUCUCCAAUUAAAAUUAACUUUCUGAAUUCCUAAAAAGUCAUCUGGUUUGGGUCACUGAUAAACUAUGUUUUGUAUAACAAUUCUUAAUGUUACUUACAUGCUCUUGUAUUCGGACCUGCAGCGGGCAAGUAGUACGUCCUACAUAGGUCAAAUUGCAUGUACAUGUUACCAUAUAGAUGACGUAUUUAGAGUGACAAGUAAUAAUCUCUUUGAUUUUAAACUUUUGUUUACUGUCUUGGGGGUGUUGAAAUUCUUUGUUGCGUUUGGAGCUUUUUGUAUUCUUGCAGGCUCCACAUUUUCCACAUCCAUAAAACCCACUAGAUUCAUUAAAUGGAUUGUGUUUAAUGCUUUAUAAGGAAGAGUGCUUUUGAGUGAGAUUACAUUUUAAAUUAGGGACACCUCUGUAUAUAACCUUUGGUCUUUCUGGAAGAAUGUGUUUAUGCGUUUCAUCGCUUUUCAAAAUUGGCCAGUGUUCAGUCAAGAUUUUUUUUCAAUUGUUUAGUCUGGCAGUUAAAGUCACAGAUAAAAGGUACAUCAUGAGUACCGGUGUUUAGGGGUUUAUCUUUAUAUUAAAUUAGUGACUCUCUAUCUUGCAUGUUAACUUCUUGAAGGGCCUUCUUUAAAAGUUUUUCUUCAUGACCCUUAUUACUAAAGUCACCCAUAAUUUUGCGUGCUUGUUCACAAAACUUCUCAUUGUCUGUGCAGUUCCUCUUAAUCCCCAUAAGUGGAGAUUUUGGGGCAUUUAAAAGCCAUGGGGAGUAAUGGCAGCUGCCAUCUUGGAUAUAACUAUUUACAUCGACUUUUUAAAAAAAAAAUGUGCUAGUUUUAAUUGUGUUUUCCUCUAUAUAUACGUUGAGGUCUAGGAAACUAACACAUUCUUUACUAUAUACAUUAGUCAGUUUAACACCCCAGUCAUUAUGGUUCAAGCUCUUCAAAAAGUUGGUGAGUGAUAACUCAUCCUCAUUCCAGAUGAAGAGGAUGUCAUCAAUGUAGCGGCGAUAGGUCACCAGUUUCGCAUCCCAUCUAUGUAACUCGAAAAUAUGUUUCCAUAAUGACAUGAACAAAUAAGCAUAGCUGGGUGUGAAUCUGGUGCCCAUCGCUGUCCGCACAGCUGCAAAUAAAACUGAUCAUCAUACCAGAAGUAGUUAUUCAUUAAUAUCCAACGGAUCCCUUCUAGUAUAAAGUCUAUUUGAGUAGGGGGCAAUGUGUCUGAUAACUCUAAAAAAUGUCUGGUAGCUUCACAGCCUCUGUCAUGCGUAAUGAUAGUAUACAAAGAGCUGACGUCGGCUGUGACCAGAAAAAAAUGAUUCUCCCAUUGAAUAUCUUUUAGGACCUGUAGUAUAUUUAAGGUGUCCUUUAAAUAGCUUGGGCAGUUCUGUACUAUUGGCUGCAGGCAGUGGUCAAUAUAUUGCGACAGCCUGCUUGAUAUUGAGCCAAUGCCAGAAAUGAUGGGGCGGCCCGGAGGUUUAUCCAUUUUUUGUGUGUUACUUUGGGAGAUAAUAAAAUACGGGUAUUUUAGGAUGUUGUACGUUGAGGAAUUCAAAAUCUUUUUGUUAUAAUCCCUUUAUCAAUUAAAUGAUUAUAGGUGAUCUUUAUACCGUUUGUUGGGUCUCUAGGUAAAAUUUUAUAAGUAGAGUCUUCGCCUAAUAGUCUAAGGGACUCUUCAAGAUAGGCUUCCCUCUCCAAAAGUACAACCCCUGCCCCUUAUCAGCUGAUUUAAUUACCAGCGUAUGGUAAUUAAAUUCGUCCACACCAUCUGCUAUAACUAUUGCCAUCACAGUGCGUCGGAGCUUGAUGGAAAGGUAUCUAAACUAUUAUGAGGCAGCUUGAUUCAGAUAAUCCUUCCACCACUAUCACUGCUGGGCAAAAUGAAGCGCGAGAAGGAUGUGAUAAGUGAAUUCUUGAAAAAAAAAUUGAGAAUAUGAUCGCAGUCAUGUAACGUUCACACAUGGAAAAUUACAGUCCCUAUAGUUAAGCAUUUGCAUUUAAACUGUGUCCCUCUUGCAUUGUGUAAUUCUUUAUAUAAACUAACUCCUCUAACAAAAUCGGUUUCAACAGAAAGAAAAUAAUCAAUAACACGCUCCCUCCUAGGGAUAAGACCUGGUGUUUGUUUUGCUAUGACCCUGAAUGCUUUCUGCCACAGUGUUUUGUUUUCAUUAUCUGGCUACAUUUAAAGAAGCAGUACAAAAAUAGUGUGAAAGUAAGGUUUGUGUCAGUAGAUGCUUCAACGGACAGUUUACUUCUGCAAAAUAAUAAGUUGUCUGAAUUGUGGUACUCUGUAUUUGGUGGCAGACGUGGCAGCCUUCUUGGGGGAGGCACACGCACACUUCAAUUGAUCAAGCUAUAGAUAUUCAUUUUUAUGCCUAUGUGAAACCAACCGCGACAUUCCACACCUUUUGUGUUAUGUGAAGUACAGCUGACCGCACACUGUGUCGCUCUGAUUUUACAAUUUAAAUACGGGUUGUCACAUUAUUAUGUCAUUCAUUGUUUUAGGUAAGCACAGUUUGUGUGACUGUCAAAAAGGCAUAUAAAAUAAACCUUCCAUCCACUGACUGAACUGACCCUCAUGCGGCCGUUUAAAAUCAUUUAACAAUGUUCGUAGUAGGGGCACAUUUCGGCAGCUUUAAGAAUCCAGCAUUGAUUUUCUUAAAGACUUGUGUAGAGGGCUUUUGUUUGUAGAUUUUAGACAGGAAUUUUGAGAUCAAAAUCUUGAUUAACGUUAAAAUACUCUGCAUUUGUGGCAUCACAGCAAAGUUUCUCAUGCCAAUAUUCAUCUGAACUUCAAAUAUAAAGAAUAUGUAGACAGCUGUGAAAGAUGCAUAUAACUGAACUAUAACCAGUUUCCUUCUACUUUUUGUUAUGUUUAAAAUGUCUGUUGGCUUUAUGUAUGUAAGCAAUGGAACACUUCCAUUUUUAAAUUCUCUAGAUUUAUAUAAUCUGCUUUCAGGCCCUCUACCCGUAUUGUUAUCCAGGCAAAGAAAGACAAAGUUUGUCUAAAGUGCCUAAUUUUGUUAGCAUCCCAUGAUGAGUUUUGUUACUUCUAUUUUUGUACAUUGUCUGUAGCAAAUUGGGAUGUGAUAAAUGGGUCACUUCCUCCGAUUCCUAUAUUUAACUUCAGCUCUCAAUUUUAUGAUUCUAUUUUCUUUUUAUUAAUUUUUUGUUUUCUGUUGUUGUUAAUCAUGUUCUACAAAUCAGACACAUUUGGUUUGUGCUAUCUUCUUAAUGCAGAUUAACAUUAGAUUGGUCAUUAUUAUGGGCCUUUCUGUAUUACCAUCCUAGCGUUAUUGAUGGAAAAAUAAAAUGGCUCACUUUGUGUUUCCUCAACGACUGCAGGUGUUGCACAAGGUGGACGUGGAAGAAACUUUCCAAAUAGUAGGAAAUACAGUGAAAUAUCAGGUGUACAAGAUAAAGUUUCAUUUCUUGCCUUUCGAGUAUUAUCAGCAAGAGAAGGCCUUGCGUCCCGAGGACAUAUUGCGUUUCAUGGAAACCAGGUUGGUUCUUAAUUUUUCAAACUUUGCUCCAGAGGGCUUUACAAUUGGCAACGUGGAAGGAUGGUGGAGAUAAUCAAAACCUGGCAGUACAGGAAUUAAAGGAACACUAUAGUCACCUAAAUUACUUUAGCUAAAUAAAGCAGUUUUAGUGUAUAGAUCAUUCCCCUGCAAUUUCACUGCUCAAUUCACUGUCAUUUAGGAGUUAAAUCACUUUGUUUCUGUUUAUGCAGCCCUAGCCACACCUCCCCUGGCUAUGAUUGACAGAGCCUGCAUGAAAAAAAAACUGGUUUCACUUUCAAACAGAUGUAAUUUACCUUAAAUAAUUGUAUCUCAAUCUCUAAAUUGAACUUUAAUCACAUACAGGAGGCUCUUGCAGGGUCUAGCAAGCUAUUAACAUAGCAGGGGAUAAGAAAAUCUUAAUUAAACAGAACUUGCAAUAAAGAAAGCCUAAAUAGGGCUCUCUUUACAGGAAGUGUUUAUGGAAGGCUGUGCAAGUCACAUGCAGGGAGGUGUGACUAGGGUUCAUAAACAAAGGGAUUUAACUCCUAAAUGGCAGAGGAUUGAGCAGUGAGGCUGCAGGGGCAUGUUCUAUACACCAUAACUGCUUCAUUAAACUAAAGUUGUUCAGGUGACUAUAUUGUCCCUUUAAGUAUAGAAAAGGAGAGCGAUGUGGAAGGAGGGUGUUUCUCAUAAAACAAACUAUAUUACUUCACAAGAAGGGUGGAGGGUACAUGAUUCAUAACUAUCUAAAAGGUGUGUUAAACAGAAUUUAAACCACAAGGGACAGGCCUCCAUGUUAAUUGGGCAAAGAGGACCUUGUGUGCUUGUUUGUUCUGGAUUUGGAAAUGUCAGGUUCUAGAAAUGUUUGUCUGUGAUAUUAAUUUAUGCCUAUAGGGGUUCUUCAACGUUAUACACAUUCUCUGCACAGGUUCUUCCGAAUCAUGUUUGAUGCGAUAAAGAGGAGAAGUGCAAAGCUUGCCUCGUUCCGGGAAGUGAGCACCCGUAAAGCAAAUCAGAAGGAUUUAGAUAAUGAUGAAGAGGCGCCAGGACCCCAGGUCAGAUGUAGUCAUUUUUUUAUAUUUAAAUCCCAUUUAAAAAUACGCAUAAUACUCUUAGAGAUAUUUUGAAGUUGAUCCCUCCAUCUCUUGCAUGCGUUACUGUGUUGAUAUUAAAGUUUUUUAUUUUAUUUUAUAAUUUCAUCCUUAUCGAUUUUCUGUAUUUAAGAAAGACUUAAAUAAAUCGUACAUAUCGAAUCUGGGCAUAUAAAAUGUUCACAUAUGUAUAUAGACAAGAAUUAGAUUAAUUGAAGGCUUUAUUGUUGUUGGAGCUCUAGAAAAAAAGAUCUGCAUGUUGUUUAAAAACCCCCCACUAAGUUUAGCACAGUCCUUUUCACCUCCUUGCUUUGGAGAUGCCAUGGUCCCUAGCCCUAUUACCAUGACCACUUACCUCGGGAAAUAUUUAUGGACUACCUGUGAUGCUCCGCUAGCCUACUAUAUAACUGAGCAUUGUGAGAAAGUUCACAUCAUCGCCCUUUAGAAUCCAUAACAGCACGGAAUGUUGUGAGUUAAUACGAAUGUAUUGUAUCUGCAACCCACAGGAGAACCAGGAUGCUGACAAUGAAGAGGAAGCUGUGGUUGACGCAGAUGCUGACGAAGGCGAUGCAGAUGCCUCUGAUGCGAAAAGAAAAGAAAAGCAAGAAGAAGAGGUAAAGAGAGUCUGGAUAUAUUUCCUUCUAAUUUGCACUCAAGGUCGGUGACUGCUAACACUGACUUUGCAUAUCAGAAUGUAAUAUCACAAUUCUACAAUGACAGCGGGGCUGUGCAUGGUGUGAUAAUCGAUGCUAGCUCAACAUACAAAUUAUGUCAAGAGCAUGAAAUGCCAAUAGUCUUUAAAGGCACAUACAUAUCUGGAUUCCUGAUGCUACAGUCUUGAUGUCCCUAUUUAGUUUAGGGUCCUCUCACUUGUUAGAAAAAAAAAAUGAAAUAAAAGAAAUUACUCUGCUUUUCUCCAGCACCGAGUCUCCCACCUUGAGGGAUGUCAUCCUGGAAGUGUGCCUCUAGGAUGACGGUCCAAUCCAAUGCUCUUCAUAGAGCAGCAUUUGGGACUUAGGUGCAUGCGUAGUGCGGGGGGGGAGGUGGGGAGACGAGGAUUGAAGGCACUAUAACAACUUCAUAACCCUUUAAGGGUUUAUUCUGGCUGUAUCAAAAGGAGCAGAAAUAGGAAAUCUGGUUUUUAUUGAAGGUACACAUUUGUUGCCCAAACAUUCACUUCAGGACUGUGUACAUUAGAACGUUAUUUUGUAACCACCGACUUCAUUUUAACAAUGUUUCAAAGGUGGAUUAUGAGAGUGAGGAAGAGGAGCAGGCAGAGAACGAAGACGAGGAGGAAACUGAGAAUUCUGCUCCAACUGCAGAUGUUCAAGAGACAGAUGAGCAAACAUCGAUGCCAGAGGAGUCAACUUCCUUACCCUCCGUAACGAGCAAGUUAACCAAGGAUGUGGCCUUGGAGAACCGAAUUAAUGCUGUGCUCAGCCUCAACUCCGCCGUGCUAGAUUAUACAUAUGAUACAGAGAAAUGUUUAUGGUGUGAGGUAAAAUAUAAAUACUUUUCAUUGACUUUGUCGAGAUUCCUUUCUCUCCUCACAGUGUCUCUCAAAGCACGUCACACUCUUUCUUCAGUUGGUCUGUUAUCUAAUGAGCUAGCAUUGCAUCAUAUUGUCACCUGAAGUUUUAGGAAAGGCACGUCCAGUUGACUUCAUAAGAUAAUAAGAUAUGGAUAGGACAUUUCAUAAAGUAUUUCCAGGUGGGGUGUGGUGGGGAGACCUGAUCGUUCAGCCAUACCAGUGAACCUGGCAUCCUUUAGAAUGGAACAUUUGUAUGUAUUUUAGCAAAACAAGCCAACUGGGAACUGGACAUUCCCUGGUAUUUUGUUGGACAGAGCCGGGUGUGAAUUUUCCUUUAGUUGUGUGUUUUCUUUUUUUGUUUUUUUUUUAUAAAAUUGUCCUAUGUUGUGCUAAUUUUGCCUCUUUGCUUCUCUGGUUGUUUCUCCCAUGUAAUUCUGUUGUUAACCCUUUCUUGCUUAUUUUUUUACAGGUCACAAUACAGUUACCACUAAUGAAAGUCCAUUUCGACAUUUCCUCCCUUGUCGUUUCACUAUCUCAUAAUGUAGUCAUUCAUGAGACAAACGGAAUAACAAGGUGCUUGCUGAGCGAAUCCACUAACAAGCACGGGGACAAAGUGCUCACUCUUAACACAGAAGGCAUUAACCUGCCAGAGCUCUUUAAAUAUUCUGACGUGAGUACAUUUGUUUAUGGUUAGUUUUAAUGGAUUUUUUGCAUGUCACAUCCCAGUGACUAAUGGGUAUCGGGUCACAACAGGGUAGAUAAGCCACUGCAAAAAGUUUCACAACGCCAUCAUUGCCAAAAUAGGGAAUAUUAGGAAAUCUUGGGAAUCCCAUACAGUUUUUCAAGUUUUUUUUGUUUUUUCUCUCCCCUAAGGAACCACUGCUGGCCACUUCUGAUUAUUUUUAAGUUAAAUAAACUAUUGCAGUGGAGGGGAGGGGGGCUGUUUGGGGACUGUUGUGGUUUAUGCAAGUAGUUGUGUUUAUUUCCAGCAGAUUAGUGUUGAAAUUUACUUUUUUUUUUAUUUGAUAGCAGCAUAGACUAUCCAUAGUUUUUGAGAGGUCAAAUGGAUACUCUAGGUUACUGGCACCUUAUGUCAGUGUUAUACAGAUGCACACAAUUCAUAUAUCCAAACUUAUAUAUGAGGUUUAACUUCAAGAAAUUGACUGAAUUGUUAUUCUUAGUAACAAGCACUCUACUGCUGAGAGCCACGUCGUUAUAUAUGCCAAUUCUAUGAUUCUUGACCUUAGGUAUUGGACAUCCGACGUCUUUAUUCCAAUGAUAUCCAUGCUAUGGCUAAAACAUACGGUAUUGAGGCGGCUUUACGGGUGGUUGAAAAGGAAAUUAAAGACGUGUUUGCAGUUUAUGGUAAGUGUUUUGUUGUCCUGCAAUUUUUGUCACUAUAGUGCAGCUGUUGAUGAACGCAGAUUUGUGAUUCAAAGAGCAAUAGUAAGGAAAUGUGUUUAAAAAAAAAAAAAAAAAAGGUUCAUUAGCACUUAUUACACUUAUAUUGUAUUAUUACAUAUAUGAACCGGAACUACAGGAAACAGGGCUAAACUGUUAAUAAUAAAUUAUCAAAUAAAUAGAAACAGACAAGAAUUGAAUAUUCCCCGAUAUUAGUGAAUAGAUAACUUUAUUCAGAUAGUGUUAUAUUUUUUUCUAAUAUGCGUCACGGUUUGGAAGCAUAUUUUUAACAGAGAAACUUUCUAUCUCCUUUAUUUAAAAUGUAUAUCUUUUUUUAGUUGCAUUUUAGUUUUUCAAUAACUGUAAUGUUCUAAGGAUGCAAAAAUGCAACACGUUAAUGAGACAAAAACCUACCAAAUGCAUUAAAGUUGUGUUGAUGCUCAGAGUAUCUCUUUAACUUAAGUUCACAACAUGCCAUUAUGAGAUUGCAGAACUCUUAAAUAUAUUCUAUAAAAAAUGAUUAGUGUCGUUCUCUGUAAAAUUGCUGGUUUGUUUGGUUUUUAUUUUAUUUAGUUUAUUAUUUUGGUGGAUCGAACACCUUAAGAAUGCUAGGAUUGACUAAACCAGGAUGAAUUCUAUCUAUUUAGGAAUUGAGGUGGAUCCUCGCCAUAUCUCUCUGGUAGCAGAUUAUAUGUGCUUCGAAGGAAUUUACAGUCCUCUCAAUCGCCUUGGGAUUCGGUCCAGCUCUUCUCCUUUUCAGCAGAUGACCUUUGAAACCAGUUUUAAAUUUCUGAAGGAUGCCACUAUGAACGGUAACUAUGCAUCUUAGCCUCUUUCUGAAUCCGUGUCUUAAAUUAUUAUCUGUUCCUAGAAUAUAUUGUCCAGAAAAUCCUUCAAAAGUUCCAGGACUUUAAGAACUUGCUUAAUCUAUUUGGAAUCCAUACUGGGGUAAAGCACAACUGUCAACUAGGGGAAUUUUUUUUUCACAACUGAAUAGUCAUUAAACGUUAUCUAUUGGUUGUGAUAUUAUUUAAAAAAGAAAAUCAUUAGUCUUUUUUUUUUGUUUUUUUGUGUGUGUCAUUCUAGACGUACUGUCUACAAAAUUUUAAUUAUUUUUAUUUUAUUUUAAAGGGGCCAAAAAGAUAAAAUUAAACAAAUAAGCUAAGUUAUCGAAUGCACACAGUAACAUUACUCCUUAAUAAUAUCUUAGUCUGACUUGUGGACUUUAUCUUAAACAUCUUCAGAGUUCUGUUCAUAAAAUUUGCAGAUUAUAAACAAUUUAAAAUAUUUGUUGUUGGAUUAACCCCAAAACAUUACUUUUAUAGAUGCUUGGUCUAAAGGUGGGCUACAAAAUUAAUAAAAGGAGUGGAGCAUUUUAGUUGUGAAGAAAGGUUAACAAAUUUAAAUCUGUUUAGAUUAGAAAAACGGCACCUCAGAGGGGAUAUGAUAACAUUAUACGAUUAUAUUCGGGGUCAAUACAAACCAUUGUCUGGAAAUCUAUAAAUAGGACAUGAGGUCACGCAUUUAGACUGGAAGAAAGGAGAUUUAGUCUAAUUAAAGGAAAGGGGUUUUUUUUACAGGAAAAACAAUAAGGGUGUGGAUGUCUCUGCCUGAAACAAAGUGUAGAAUAUGCUUAACAAAAAAUAUCGUCAAACUUUUGCCACAGUAUUAUUUUUUUUAUAAGAUUUGCGUAAAUGGAGGAAAUUCAACUUUCUAAAAAGUCUACAGUUUACAAAAAAUAAAAAUAAUCAAGUAUACACUGUGAUGUUGCAUUUCUUAUGAAGAUAUGUGUAUCAAGUAUGUUUCCACGCAGCAACAGAUAAAGAAAAGUACUUUUGUGAUAAUAAAACCCCCACAAAAUCAUAAAAGUGAUAGAAAGGUGAUAAUUUUAUCUGUUGACUGCGAAAGAGCUUGUCAGCAUUGAACCCCCGAACUCAUAGAAACAUAGAAUGUAACGGCAGAUAAGAACCAUUCGGCCCAUCUAGUCUGCCCAAUUUUCUAAAUACUUUCAUUAGUCCCUGGCCUUAUCUUAUAGUUAGGAUAGCCUUAUGCCUAUCCCACGCAUGCUUAAACUCCUUUACUGUGUUAACCUCUACCACUUCAGCUGGAAGGCUGUUCCAUGCAUCCACUACCCUCUCAGUAACUACCCAAAUGUGCAGGUUUUUAAGCAGUCCACCUAUCUCGUAGAGUCCCUGCACUUAUUUAAGAAAUUAAAGCUAGAAAUGUCUUACAUCAUGUUGAAUUUCUAAUUUUAAAUAUGAAGUGUUAUGGUACCAGAGGUUAAAAAAAAGUAAUUGGUUUGUACAUCUAGUUCUGUGUAGUAGGAGGCUUUCUAUAAUCUCUCUUUAGUUGAACGCCUUAAAAAAUAUUAUUGAUGCAAGAAACCUUGUGACAUCAUUCCAUCACACAAUGCCUGAGUAAAAUUGAAGGAUAAAAUUAAUCCUGUUUUUAGAAAUAUUUAAUGCAUUUAAAAAAAAAUAAAUCAAUCGAUACAUCUCAUACAAGAUCCAGAAUGCUCACUCCUUCACUAAACCGUACUCUGAAAGCUCACUGAAUAUAAUAGUUUUUGUUGCAUGGCAGGCUUAUGCAAUGUAUGAUCCUAUACUGUUACAGAGCCCCCAUUAUUGUUGACUAGGUUAGGUGUUUAAAAAACAAAACAAAAACUAUUACAUCCUGUGAGCUUUGAAAUUGACAAGUGAAAAUCAAAUGUAACAUAUACCAAGGUGAUGUGCUAGCCUCAAAACUGUUCUGCAUAGACUUACAUUCCCUUAGCCAGAUCAACCUGUAAAAUAGAUUUAGAUACAGGUUCAAGAGUGGAGCUGCCAUCCCUCACCUACUCUACAUGGACGACAUCAAGCUGUAUGCCAAGAGCGAACGGGACAUUGACUCACUGAUCCACCUAACUAGGAUAUGUAGCAAGGAAAACGGAAUGUCGUUCGGACUAGAUAAGUUUGGGAUGGAAGAUAAGGACAGAAGGAGUUAAAGUACGAGACAGCAAAAUGAGAUCUAGAGAACAGCUACAAGUACCUGAAGGUACCAUAAGCAUAUGGCAACCAUGAGGAACAGGCAAGGAGGAUAACAACAGUCAAGUACCUCCAGAAUCAGAAAAGUCCUGAAGUCCAAGCUUAAUGGUAAAAACAAGAUCCCAGCCAUUAACACAUAUUCACUACCAAUUCUCAGGCAACCAGCUGGAAUAAUAACCUGGUAAAGAGAAGAGCUGGUCUCCAUGGAUGUCAAGAACCAUAUGUAAAGGGAACACUUAAACAACACAAUGUAACUCCAAGUCAGUCACCCUUCUGUGAAAUCAAACUGUCCACUUAGGAAGCAACACUGAGUGACAAUCAAUUUCACAUGCUGUUGUGCAAAUGGGAUAGACAACAGGUGGAAAUUAUAGGCAAUUAGCAAGACACCCCCAAUAAAGGAGUGGUUCUGCAGGUGGUGACCACAGACCACUUCUCAGUUCCGAAGUUUCCUGGCUGAUGUUUUGGUCACUUUUGAAUGCUGGUGGUGCUUUCACUCUAGUGGUAGCAUGAGGAGGACUCUACAACCCACAAAAGUGUCUCAAGUAGUGCAGCUCAUCCAGGAUGGCACAUCAAUGUGAGCUGUGGCAAGAAGGUUUGCUGUCUCUGUCAGCGUAGAGUCCAGAGCAUGGAGGCGCUACCAGGAGACAGUACAGUACAUCGGGAGACGUGGAAGAGGCCCUAGGGGGGCAACAACCCAGCAGCAGGACCGCUACUUCCGCCUUUGUGCAAGGAGGUAGCGCUGCCAGAGCCUUGCAAAAUGACCUCCAGCAGGCCACAAAUGUGCAUGUGUCUGCUCAAACGGUCAGAAACAGACUCCAUGAGCGGGGUAUGAGGGCCCCACGUCUACAAGUGGGGGUUGUGCUUACAGCCCAACACCGUGCAGGACGUUUGUCAUUUGCCCGAGAACACCAAGAUUGGCAAAUAUGCCACUGGCGCCCUGUGCUCAUCACAGAUGAAAGCAGGUUCACACUGAGCACAUGUGACAGACGUGACAGAGUCUGGAGACGCCGUGGAGAACGUUCUGCUGCCUGCAACAUCCUCCAGCAUGACCGGUUUGGCAGUGGGUCAGUAAUGGUGUGGGGUGACAUAUUUUGGGGGGGCUGCACAGCCCUCCAUGUGCUCGCCAGAGGUAGCCUGACUGCCAUUAGGUACCGAGAUGAGAUCCUCAGACCCCUUGUGAGACCAUAUGCUGGUGUGGUUGGCCCUGGGUUCCUCCUAAUGCAAGACAAUGCUAGCCCUCAUGUGGCUGGAGUGUUUCAGCAGUUCCUGCAAGACAAAGGCAUUGAUGCUAUGGACUGGCCCGACCAUUCCCCAGACCUCAAUUCAAUUGAGCACAUCUGGGACAUCAUGUCUCGCUCCAUCCACCAACGUUACGUUGCACCACAGCCUGUCCAGGAGUUGGCAGAUGCUUUAGGAGAUCCCUCAGGAGACCAUCCGCCACCUCAUCAGGAGCAUGCACAGGCGUUGUAGGGAGGUCAUACAGGCACGUGGAGGCCACACACACAACUGUUUUAAGGACAUUACAUCAAAGUUGGAUCAGCCUGUAGUGUGUUUUUUAACUUUAAUUUUGAGUGUGACUCCAAAUCCAGACCUCCAUGGGUUGGAAAAUUUGAUUUCCUUUUUUUAAUUUUUGUUUGAUUUUGUUGUCAGCACAUUCAACUAUGUAAAGAACAAAGUAUUUCAGAAGAAUAUUUAAUUAAUUCAGAUCUAGGAUGUGUUAUUUUUGUGUUCCCUUAAUUUUUUUGAGCAGUGUACUAUUAACUAUAAAUAGAGCAUUCCACUCGACAUCCAGCACUCGGAGACUACAACAGCCCUGAGAAAGGAGGCCAAGGCCUGAUUAGUUUCAAGGUCACAGUCCUGGAUGAAACAUAGACCAUCACAAAGAUGGCUCCCACAGAUGAACUGCUAAAUAAAUGCCCCAGACCACAACAGAUAGAGCAUACAGAAAAGGAAGUGUUCCAGGGAAAGGUUAACCUCUCCUUGAGUUGUACCACUGGCAGAUAGUGGAUGUGGCUCAAAUGACAAAACCCAACCAGAGUUUGGAAAAGGCAGGACUGAAAGACAGCACUGAGGCACUAAUCCUAGCAGCACAGGAACAGACACUCAUCAAUAGAAGCGGAAGUCUACCACACCAGACUGCAAAAUGUGCAAACAGGACUCUGAGACAAUCCAGCACAUAGUAUCCAAGUGCAAGAUGUUAGCAGUGACACAAUACACCGAGAGACACAACCAACUUCCUGGGAUUGGGUAGCGAACCACCUGCACAGAAUAUAGGCUUGACCUGUCUAAAUCCAGAUGGGAGAUAUAACAAAGGGUAGUUGAGAAUGACAGGGCUAAUAUUCUGUGGGUCUUUCAGAUCCAGACAAGCAAGUAGUGUUCAAAAUACCUGGCAUUGUGGUGGUAAACAAGGAACAGAAAUCUGCAGUGGUGGAUGUGGCAAUACCCAGUGACUACAUAUGUGUGUGUGUGUGUAUGUAUGUGUAUAUGUGUAUAUGUAUAUAUAUAUAUAUAUGUAUGUGUGUGUAUAUGUAUAUGUGUAUAUAUAUAUAUUUAAUACAUUGCUGAACACAAACACACACACCCGUCAAGCCAUAAGACUUGAUUUCCCCACAGAAAUCUCACUGUAACAGUGAUCUCACUACUGCAAGGGAUUCUGGGUAACAGUAUGCAAAUGAGGUCAACAAAGAACCACAUUUUUUCCUCAUAAUUCUACUUUAUAAAUGGAUUCCUUGGAGUAUGUGUCUGCUGUAUACAACAGCUUUGCAACACAACUCAGGAAGAGGAGCAAAGCCGGUGAACCACUCAUGGACAGCUGUAUCGUUGUUAAUGCAACUCAUCAGCAUGAGGUUGGUUACUGGCUUGCUAUGGAGGCUUGGUGUUACUUGUAAAGUACAUACCAAAAGAGUGUGUGUGUGUGUGUAUAUAUAUAUAUGAGGGCUACUAACUACAACCCUUAUCUAUCUAUCUAUUUAUAUAUCUAUAGUAUAUGUGUGUAUAAAUAAAGAUACAAAGGGGGUAGGGGCUACGCCCGAGGCUAAUAACCGUAAUCUAUAAUAACAAACAUCCAGACCAAAUGGUCUAAAUGGAGAUACAACAAAUAGGCCUAUAUUAAAAAUAACAGAAAGGAGUGAAAAAAGUCCCAAGUGAACAAUAAAAUUGGAUAAAAGGGGAUAACCUCAGGAGUAUAAAAUGGUAAAAGUCUCUCUAUAUACCAGGAUGGGGGGAGAGUUGGCAAUGCUCAAGAGUUGAUCUGCCUGGAUGGUUAAAAUAUGCGAAUAUGUGGAGAGAAAGGAAAAACAACAAAAUAGCCGAUAGUGUAAUAUCGUCAGGAUCCAGUAAAAGGUUAUUAAAAUGAAGGUAAUACACUCACAUUUAGAAGAGCUCUAGCCAGCUCUGGGGUAAAGGGCGUGUAGUGGUAUGAUCCCCGCUAACGGAUAUAGUGGAGAGGUACGUCCGUCAAUCCAGUCUGGUUAGGCAGUGCUCCAGGGUUAAUAUAUAAAAAAAAGAGCACUGUCGCUGUUUUUUUAAUAUAUAUAUAUAUAUAUAUAUAUAUAUAUAUAUAUAUAUAUAUAUAUAUAUAUACAUACACACACACACACACACACACACACACACACACACACACACACACACCCCCCCCCCCCAGAUUGACGGACGUACCUCUCCACUAUAUCCGUUAGCGGGGAAAAUACACUACACGCCCUUUACCCUUGAGCUCUUCUAAAUGUGAGUGUAUUACCUUCAUUUUAAUAACCUUUUACUGGAUCCUGACGAUAUUACACUAUCGGCUAUUUUGGCGUUUUUCCUCUCUCUCCACAUAUACCGAUAUUUUCUAUCUUGUUCAAAAGCUUCUUGAGGGAUUCUCUUUUUUUUGAGUUGCUGCCCUUUAGUUUAUCUAGUGCUGACUGUUCCCCCCUGUUUCUAUGUGUGUAUAUAUGUAUGUAUAAAGGUGGCUGCACUCACGGUUCUUGUUAAGUCCAACGUUUAUUCUAACAUCAUUAAAAUGAGAAGAUCAACGUUUCACUCCCAUUCAAGGCCUUUCCUCAGUAAUUGUGAUCCUGAGGAAAAGUCCGUGAAUGGUACUGAAACGUUGAUCUUCUCAUUUUAAUGAUGUUGGAAUAACUUUGUUCUUUUAACAAGAACCGUGAGUGCAGCCACCUUUAAUAUAUAUUACACACACACACACAUUUUUAUACUACAUUUGGAUAUUUAAGCCCUGGAUAUAGUGCACUCGGCCACUUACUUGAUUUACUGCCUGACUGCAAUGACUUAUAGACUUUUUUUGUGUGUGUGUGUAUAUAUGAUAUAUGGUAAGAAAAUCUUUUUUGUUUUAUUUUGAGAACUGUAAAUAUAAUCAGAGAAAGUUUUACAUGCCAUUGCUAAUGUUCUUUGUUUACACAAGUUAAGUUGAAAGGAACAAUUCAAAAGACCUAGAUGCAGCUAGAUUAAGCUGCCAUGCUGUAUACCUAAACGGACUGCCCCUAUCAUAUAACACUGAAAGUUCUAUGCACCCCUACAGUGAAGAAUAGAAUCCAUAAAUAACGAAUUGCUAGGAAUGCAGAGAUCAGCAUUAGACCUUAUGGGGUUAAUCUGUCAAGUUGCAGGUUUGUGGUCCGUGUCAGGACAUGUUUCAUAAUUGUAUGAAGUCAUCCACUGUCACCUGACAUUCCAAACAUGUUUUGUGAGUGCGCCCUUUACCCUGCUCAGUCACUAUAGCGAGUCCCGUGGUUUGUCUCUGUUAGCGGGUUUCAUGCAAACAAAACCAUUAAUGAGUUUGAGUAUUAAAGUGAACCUUUACUGUGAAGUCCAUCUGAAAGCUUUCACGUGAAGGACAGAAAAAGAGAACUUUGCCAAACUUACUUAAGAAGUGAGUUCAUUACUCUAUUUACACCAUGUGUUAAAUUCUGUUUCACUCCCAGCACGCUGUUUAUAGAGUAAAUAAGUUACUGUGUGGUUACUGCGUGCAUUUCUAAUUUAGUAUCUUCCUUCUCUGUUCGCUAUCAGCGUUGCUAUAUCACACAGGCUUCUCUGCAUUGUUAGUCAAUAAAUGCUCCGGAUGUAAAGCAGAAUGUGUGGGAUUCUCACAUUUCCGUAUUUGGAAUGAGCUGGUGGCAUGACUUGUAGGGGAAGUGCAGAUAUGCUUAAUGCAUAUAUGUAUUGACGGGUUAAGUGAACAACAUUGAUUAUAUCGUUACAGUGAUACCUGUCAAGGGUACAGCCAGUUCUUGAAUUUCAUGUGUUGUAAGCAGGAAAAAUGGGCAAGCAAAAAGAUCAGAGUGACUUUGACAAGGGAAAAAUAGUGAGGGCUACAUGACUGGGUCAGAGCAAGUCUUGUCACCGACAUGCAACGGUUAGAACCUACCGCAAGUGGUGCAUGGAAGGACAACCAUUGCUCUCCAUUGUUGGCUUACAUGCAGUUGCCUGGAGUACUAUAACACCUUGGCAAGUAAGCAGUUCAUGUGAGUGCUGGAUCUUGUAUGUGUUUUAUAUUUUUUUUUAUACAUUUUACAUGGCUCUUGUUGUCUUGGCAGGCAGUGGUCGCUUCUUAGCCAAACAGGAACAGUGUUUCUGCUGGGGAAAUUGGACCGGUUCCCACAUGUUCCCGCGGGACUCAAGCCCUGAUAGUUUAGCUCUGAUAAAUAAAGAUAGCAAUGGUUAAAAUAAAUAAUUUAUACGGUAAAGUGUGGCAUUGGCCAUGCCCUUUGUGUCGUCCUAUCUGUCCCUCAAUCCAGGAAAUUCUUCCUAGGUGUAGCCCUGACUGAUGCAAAGUGCUAGUUUUUACAUGACACACUGAACAGAUAAGGUCAUCAAAUGUUUGAUUGAAGUUAGAAAACAUAACGUCCUCAAAUGAAUGAAAGCUCUCUUUGUUAUUCUUUAUCUCUGACCAAAUAAACCGAGAGCUUUUCACAAUAGCAAGAGACAUUUUUCCCAUUUGACCAGCCAAAUUUAGGACUAUGGGUGAGGCAGGAUACUGAUGCCUUUAAGUGCAGAUUUCCUCUUGUCUAAGCCACUAUUUCACAAUCAUAAGCUACAUCCAAAUAUAUGGCACAUUGCCGUUAGAAAUGUAUGUUUGUAUGUCUUGUAGCGUGCCUCGCUCCAGUGAAAGCUUGGGAACCAAUAGUCAAGACCGCAGUCUGUAUAAUCUCCUAACUAAACCUAGCUAUAGGCUCUGAGAGAGAUUUUAACUUGCAGACCAGAACCGACACAUGCUAUUGAGACCCACAAGGUCAAAACUGCAGUUUAAAGCAGUUUACAUUGCUUAUGGUAUCUGCAGCAACGAAGUUUGAAGCGAUAUAUGCCUGUCUGUGCUCAUUUGCAUGUCACGCUGGAAACUCUGCGAUAGUUGUGGAAACGUGAUUUCUCACGUUCCUAUGCCCAAGAAAGUCUUUUCAAAGUCCAACUUGAGAGAUGCAGCGGAUGCAUAACAUUUUUGCAAUCUCCUAGAGGCAGAGUUGUGCAUACAGGGUUAAAACCCACCGUUACUUGCCUUCUGUAAUGUGUUGUGUGUACCUGGGGAUAGACCACAGGAAAGAGGCGUUGCACACACUGACAUUCACACAAAACACCAACUCUUUAAAACCUUCACAUUCACACAUGAAACACACACAUUAUACCCAGUUCACUUUCAUACAUUACUGAAACAUUUCACACUAACACAUUGCACCUUAACAUUAUUCAUGUGUUUACAGUUCACACAUUGCAUACACUUUGCAUUCAUCUAUUACACACACAUUACACAAACAUUUCACAUGCACACCUUUCUUUGUACAGUGAAGUGUAUAUGGAGCAAUGGGAUCUGCAUAGACUCUGCUGGGCCUCAGGCAAUGAAAAAUUGAAGCAACUACAGGCUGAGUGACAAGUCUGAAAUUACCAAAAACCACUUGCAUGCUGGAUGUUUAACUAUGUGAUUAGUCUACCUGCAAGUAUCUCAAAAGAUGCUGAAGGUUUUUAAAACAAUGGACACUUAUUGUUCCCUGUAAUUUAUUUUUACCUUUGUAUUAACGUAAGUAAAGAAAGGAUGUUAAUUGUAUUGGACAGGUAACCUCCUCUCUAAUAAAUGAUUUUAUUCCCAUGUCCCACCCCACAAACCGUUCUUAAAUACCUGUCACAAACCGACCAAGAUAAUAAAACUACACUGUCAUCAAAUUAUGCCAAAGUUUCAGAAUCUAAUAAAUCGCGGAGGGAAAAAAGUAUUACUGCUAAUAGUAAGGAAAAAAAUAUUUAUGAAGAGUAUUUCGGUUUUCCUUACGUUUUAGCAGCAGCAGUACAGGAGGGAGAUGGCAAGUAACUCCUAAGAAAACAGAUGGUAAAGUAUUCAGAUUAUUGUAGCCUACAACAGCUUACACCAAGAAGGAGCUUCCUCAGAGGCCCAGAUGUCUAGCCUGUAGUGUCGAAUGAAAGUGCUGAAAGAAGACCACAUUCAAAUGUCUUCCAGUGUCAAAUGUGCUUUGAUAUUUCCAUACAAAAAAUUUUGAGGAAUGGUUUGAGGAACACAAGGUGUUGCCUUGGCCUCCAAAUUCCCCAGAUCUCAGUCCGAUUGAGCAUCUGUGGGAUGUGCUGGAACAACAGAUCUGAUCCAUGGAGGCCCCACCUUGCAACUUGCAGGACUUAAAGGAACUUUGAACAUGUCCUCUGGUAUCUGGCACCAAGACAUUAGCAAGAGGUCUUGGAGGCCAUGCCUCAAUGCAUCAUAGCUUAGGCAGGUGGUAUAACUGUUGUGAAUGAUCAGUGUAUAUUUAGGAGGCCAGGCCAACUACUUUUGGUUUGCAUCCCUCCUUUCGCAGAUACCCCAUUCCAGGACUUUAUUUAACCUUAACUUGCAGAGAGUCUCAGGGGGGAAGGGAAUUAACCCAAAAAAGGAAAUGAAUCCAAGUAACCGGCUUAAUCUGAUAAGAGCAGACAAUGCAUUUGCAACGUCUGCUAGGAGGUAAGACUGGCCAGAAAUGGGGUACGUUUGCAUUGUAGCAGGUUGAUGCAUUGUGUGAUCAUGUGCCGUGGUUGGAUCCCAAUUAUUUUGGAUGUUCAUGAAAAAGAUUAUUGUAUUUUUGUUAGUGAAUGCGCUGGAUUUUGUAUGUUGUAGUAAUUGGCCCCAGCAGCACUCAUCUAACAAACAUGCUGUGCAGCCCUGUGAGUGUGUAUAAUUAUUAUUAUUAUUAUUAUUAUUGCCAUUUAUAUAGCGCCAACAGAUUCCAUAGCGCUUUACAAUAUUAUGAGAGGGGGGAUUUAAGAAGAAAAAAACCAAACACUGUUAUGGUUGGGAGGCAUGGAGAUAUUGCGGUAAUUAGAGAUAUAGAGAGGAGAUAUAUUUUUGGGAUAAAAAUAUAUGAAGGAUCAGGUAAGUGAAAGUCAUAAACAGUGAACAUAAACAUAAUAAAUAUAUAUAACUCCAAGUUAAUAAUGGGCAACUGAUGCAUGUCUGUUUAAGGGCUGGUUGGGGGGGUUAGACAUGCUAAAAAUAAAUUUUGAUUGCAGAUGAGGUUACCUGUCUAUUAUUACAAUGAACAUUGUACAUACGGUACUGCCGCCAAAACAAAAGGGGAAAACGUAUAUCCCUGCUUUCAACUGUAAAGUUACACAAUAAUGAUCAACAAAUAGACAUUAAUAGUUUGUUCAUUGUAAGUUUAUCCUCAAUUUGUAAAGCUGAAAUUUUUCAUCGUUUUAUGAGGUCGUUCUCAAUCACCUGACAUACCAAGCAUAUUUAUAUGGUUGCAACUUAUCCCCGAAACUCUGUGUCUCGUGGUUUAGCUCAGUCUGAUGGCAGGGCUGCACCUUAAACCUGCAUGUGACUUUAAAACAUACGGUGUGUCCGACAUGCACUUUGUUAUUUUUACUUUCUAGCGAAAAUGUCACAUGAUAUUUUUUGCACACGAAAAUAUACACUUCACUAUUUUGUCAGGACAGUUUGUAUUUUAGUUCCCAGAGUGAGUGCCUCAUUAAAUGUGCUUUGCUCAGGGCACUAGGACCCUGCAGAGAGUGCUGGAAAAUGUUCUCCCAGCAUGGUCCUACCUUCGUGGACUGGCGUGCUUGGUUGGCAGACAUCCUGGUGUGCAUUCAAGCCUGACUGACUUGCCAGUUCUUUCUGGGCAGGUCUACUUCCGUGGGCAUACCCACCAGCAUCCUACUACACGAGAUGCUACCUGUUUGAUAUUGCUUCCCCAACCUAGUAAAUCUCCUAUUUUAACUCAUUGAAUGCUGCUCUUAGUGCACCAUUUAAAUUGCAUCAACACUUGCAGUGCUGUUCGCAUGGCACACAUGCACUAAUGGCAUUACUCAAGAUAUGCCGAAGAAUGCGUGUGCACAUGUACACCCUCACCCAUGAGGAUGCCCUGGGUGGAAAAAUUGCCCACAACGCAAAAGCACAGUAGAGGCAAGUGCAUUUAUUACUUCCACUGAUGCCCUUUUCACUCUGGUACAGGACUGAGGUAGUUGACGUGCCAGAAGGCCAAAUAGGAGAUGUAGAGAACAGCUACAAGAGGCUGGGGGUACCACAAACAAAUGGGAACCAUGAGGAAGAGGCAAGGAGGAUAGCAACAUCCAAAUCCCUUCAGAGAUUCAGAGCUGAAUAGUAAGAACAAGUUUCAAUCCAAGCGGUUGCAAGAUGUUAAAAUAAAUAGCAUACACCGAGAGACGCUACCAAGUUGGGAGAAUGGUUUCAUUAGAUUCCGGGUGGGACAGCUGAGAAUUUUGUCCAGAAGAGUGCAGUUCUAGGAAUAAAUAAGAUGCUGCCCAGACUUCCUAGCCUCUGGUAGAGGACCCGGAGGGGUGAGAGUGUAAAAUAAAAUACUGCCCGGAGGGGUGAGAGAGUAAAAUAAAAUAUAAAAAUAUAUAAUCAAAUUUAUAUUACAUACAUAUCUGUAUGUAACCUCUAACCUUGUAACUCUGUUUAUUGUGUUUUUGUAACACCCUGCUCUAUUUAUAGACUUAACAAACUACUUUUUUGUUUCUGUAAUGUUUGAGUAUCUGCCUUGAAUGUAUGUCAACACUGAUGCAUCACACAGGCUUAUCUGCAUAGCGUAACGAGUGCGGUUCUCACAAUUCCCCACCUGCCAGGAUUUGAAAUAGUAAAAUUAGGGACACUAGUUUAAUGCAGGUAAUUGUUACUUCUGGUGAUUUCCUGAUAUUGUUUUUUUUAUUAUUUAUAGAAUUUAGUCAUCAAGCCAAAAAAAUGACAUUCUCUGAAAACCUAAAAGCACUGCAGUUUAAAUGCACACUGCGAAUCUUAUUGCUGUGGAAUUCAGACACACUCAUUCACACAGUACAUUACUCUGACACGGCUACUUACUAAAGUGAGAAUUCAUAGGGAAUUUCAUUUUUAAGGUCAAGGUAACGAAACUAAACUUUCGUUACGAAACAUAACCGAAUUACAGAAUUUUUUCAGUUUGCUUAUUUUGACCUUCUAUAACCCUGACAGAGUUUGAUUGCAGUGGAACUCUACGAUCCACUCAUUCAUACAGUACAUACAAGUAUAACUCUGGUCCACCCAUUCCUACCAGGUAUAACCAUGCAUUACUGUGUGCUUUGUUGCUGUGGACCUCCCUUAUUACCUCCAUGCAUUACUGUGUGCUUUGUUGCUGUGGACCUCCCUUAUUAACUCCAUGCGUUACUGUGUGCUUUGUUGCUGUGGAGCUCAUUGAUGCUGCGCAAUACUGCUAGCUAUAGUGUUGUGCUUCUGGGAUAUGUCAUGUUUACCAAAUAUCUAGCGUGAAAAAUGGGAUCACUGAGGAGUUAGAAGAGGACAGGUUAUCUGAAUCCUCUCUCCCUCUCUGAGGGCCAUUUGGGAGGUAUUGACUCCCGACAUUGCAGUAGCAUGAAAAUUAAAGAGUUGUGUUGAAUAAAGUGCCUACCUAUCUAGUUAUCAAACUACCAAAGCAGAAACAUGUCUGCAAAUGUCUAUAUUACACUGAUAUUAAUAUUAUGCAGUAAGCAAAUGCACUGGACUUCUCCUGAAUUUCUGUGAACUACAUAUGUUGAUGUGCUUGCUUAGUUAAUCGACCUCAAUGUCUAUACGCUUUUAUUUUUUCUCACUAGAGUACUUUAAAACCUUCCUUGUUUUAUAAAUGAUUUUCUUUUUUUUUCUUUCUUUUUUUCUUUUUUUUUGCUGUUGUCCAGGUGCCCAAGAUGAUCUCCGAUCUCCCUCUGCGUGCUUGGUUGUUGGAAAAGUUGUAAAAGGAGGUACUGGGUUAUUUGAUCUUAAACAACCAAUGAAGUGAGGGCCUAACUGGUAGCUGUGUUAUUGUCCAAGCCAAUAUCCUUUUAUGGAGGAAGACCUCUAUCUUCCAAGUCGAACGCUGGGCACUUGGUCCUCUGGAGAAAAACAAGUAAUGUUUUCACUUCUGGGAAACACUUUUUGAUCCACCUCAAGGCUGUUGACCGUGUUAUAGACUGCAGACAGAGCAGAUUGUUUAAAUUAACUUUACACACAAGCAGACAAGACUCAUCGAGGUGGACUCACGCUAGAAUACCCUACCAGGUAUUUUUUCACUGUUUCAGUGUGGAUCUCGGUGUUCUGCAACCUUGUAAAUGUCUAUAAAUGUAAAAUGACUGUACUUUUCUAAUAAAGUAUUAUCUUAUAUUUUUUUGUUUUGUUUAGAGAGAAUAAAAUAUUAUUCCCUUUAUUUUCAGUUUCCGUGUUUACCAAUUCAG